GGCAUCAACAUUGUGAAGCCAAGUAAUGCUGAGACCGCCCCUGUUGCCAACCCAGGGAUGUACCAGCUGGACAUCAUUCUGAAGAAAGGACACAACCUCGCCAUCAGGGACAGAGGAGGUAGGAACUACUGCUGGGGUAUCUCCCUCUCUCUGUCUCUGUCCCUGUCUCUCUCUCUCUCUCUCUCUCUCUCUCUCUCUCUCUCUCUCUCUCUCUCUCUCUCUCUCUCUCUCUCAAUUCAAUUCAAUUCAAUUCAAUUCAAUAGACUUUAUUGACAUGGCAAGUAAAAUUACUUACAUUGUCAAAGUAUACAUAUAACAAAAAUGGUGGGACCAACAGCAAUAAUAAUAGUAGUAGUGGAAAUGGGAUUACCAUUAACAGCAACUACAACAACAAUAUUAAUGAGAAUAACAAUACAUUAAAGCAAUAGUAGUCGACCAAUCUCAACAUGACUGAGAAGACAUAUUACAUGCUAUGAAAGCCAAAACAAAACAGGAAAUAUUAUUGACAUUACAUUACAAUUUUCACUGGCUGUCCCUCAGGUUGUGGCAGGAGGACACAUAUUUGGCUGCCAAAAUUGCACAUUUUGGCUUUUCACCCAAUAAAUAUUUUAUAGUUUCAAAUUCGUUGUACUGAAUGAUAAUUUUGGGAAAGAAAGAUUAUCUUAGGUCUGAGUAUUUGUCACAGUGUAAUAGGAAAUGCAGCUCUGUCUCUACCUCUCCCCGGGGGCAGAGUGAGCACAGCCUGUCUUCUCUGGGCAGCCAGGUUUGCCUGUGACGACCAGUCUCUAUAGCCAGACUGUGCUCACUGAGUCUGUACCUAGUCAGUGUUUUUCUCAGUUUUCUAUCAGUCACAGUGGUCAGAUAGUCUGCCACCAUGUACUGUCUGUUUAGAGCCAAAUAGCAUUGAAGUUUACUUUGAUUUUUUGUGGUGUCUUUCCAAUAGGUGAUAUAUUUUUAUUUUUGCUUUGUGAUGAUUUGGUUGGGCCAGAUUUUCUGAGUGCUGUCCUGAGGCUCUAUGAGGUUGGUUUUGGUUAGUGAACUGAGCCUCAGAACCAGCUGGCUGAGGGGACUCUUCUCUUGUUUCAUCUCUUGACAUAGUAGAGCUGUGUGAUGGAAUGUUUUGGGGUCACUUGUUUUUAGAUGGUUGUAAAAUUUGAUGGCUCUUUUUUCUAUUCGAAUAAGGAGGGGGUAUUGGCCCAAUUCUGCUCUACAUGCGUUAUUUGGAGUUUUUCUUUGCACUUGCAAUACAGUCUUGCAAAACUCUGCAUGCAGUAUUUCGAUUGGAUGUUUGUCCCAUUUGGUAAAUUCAGUAUUAGAGAGCGGACCCCAUACUUCGCUGCCAUAUAGAGCAAUUGGUUCUAUAACUGAUUGGAACAUUUUGAGCCAGAUUCUAAUCGGAAUUUCGAUUUUAAUAUUCCUUUUAAUGGCAUAGAAUGCUCUUCUUGCUUUGUCUCUCAGCUCAUUCACAGCCAUGUGAAAGCUACCUGUGUUGCUGAUAUUUAGUCCUAGAUAUGUGUAAUUUUUGGUGUGUUCUAAUAGAACUGUGUCCAAAUAGAAUUUAUAUUUGUCAUCCUGAUUUCCUGACCUUUUUUGGAAUAUCAUUAUAUUCAUUUUUUUUUUUAGAUUAACGGAAUUCUGCAUGCAGAGUCUCAAUUUGGUGUUCGUCCCAUUUUGUGAAUUCUUGGUUGGUGAGCAGACCCCAGACCUCACAACAUGAAAGGGCAAUGGGUUCUAUAACUUAUUCAAGUAUUUUAUGCCAGAACCUAAUUGGUAUGUCAAAUUGUAUGUUCCUUUUGAUGGCAUAGAAGGCCCUUCUUGCCUUGUCUCUCAGAAGAGUUCGCAGCUUUGUGGAAGUUACCUGUGGCGCUGAUGUUUAGACUGAGGUAUUUAUCGUUUUUUGUGUGCUCUAGGGCAACGGUGUCUAGAUGGAAUUUGUAUUUGUGGUCCCAGGCAAAUUGACCUUUUUUGGAACAACAUUAUUUUUGUCUUACUGAGAUAUACUGUCAGAGCCCAGGUCUGACAGAAUCUGUGCAGAAGAUCUAGGUGCUGCUGUAGACCCUCUUUGGUUGUGGACAGACGCACCAGAUCAUCAGCAAACAGUAGACAUUUGUCUUCAGAUUCUAGUAGGGUGAGGCCGGGUGCUGCAGACUGUUCUAGUGCCCUCGCCAAUUCGUUGAUAUAUAUGUUGAAGAGGGUGGGGCUUAAGCUGCAUCACUGUCUCACCCCAUGGCACUGUGGAAAGAAAUGUGUGUGUUUUUUGCCAAUUUUAACCACACACUUGUUUUUCGUGUACAUGGAAUUUAUAAUGUUGUAUGUUUUUCCCCCAACACCAUUUUCCAUCAAUUUGUAUAGCAUAUCCUCAUGCCAAAUUGAGUCAAAAGCUUUUUUGAAAUCAACAAAGCAUGAGAAGACCUUGCCUUUGUUUUGGUUUGUUUAUUUGUCAAUUAGGGUGUGCAGGGUUAAUACGUGAUCUGUCGUACGGUAAUUUGGUAAAAAGCCAAUUUGACAUUUGCUCAGUACAUUGUUUUCACUGAGGAAAUGUACGAGUCUGCUGUUAAUGAUAAUGCAGAGGAUUUUUCCCAAGGUUGCUGUUGACGCAUAUCCCACAGUAGUUAUUGGGAUCACAUUUGUCUCCACUUUUGUGGAUUGGGGUGAUCAGUCCUUGGUUCCAAAUAUUGGUGAAGAUGCCAGAGCUAAGGAUGAUGUUAAAGAGUUUAAGUAUAGCCAAUUGGAAUUUGUGGUCUGUAUAUUUUAUCAUUUCAUUCAGGAUACCAUCAACACCACAGGCCUUUUUGUGUUGGAGGGUUUGUAUUUUGUCCUGUAGUUCAUUCAAUGUAAUUGGAGAAUCCAGUGGGUUCUGGUAGUCUUUAAUAGUUGAUUCUAAGAUGCGUUUGCUGUUUGUUCUUUGUUAUAGGGCCAAAAAGAUUGGAGAAGUGGUUUACACAUACAUCUCCGUUUUGGAUAGAUAACUCUUCGUGUUGUUGUUUGUUUAGUGUUUUCCAAUUUUCCCAGAAUCAAUCAAUCAAUCACAUUUUAUUUAUAAAGCCCUUUUUACAUCAGCAGAUGUCACAAAGUGCUAUACAGAAACCCAGCCUAAAACCCCAAACAGCAAGCAAUGCAGAUGUAGAAGCACGGUGGCUAGGAAAAACUCCCUAGAAAGGCAGAAACCUAGGAAGAGACCUAGAGAGGAACCAGGCUCUGAGGGGUGGCAAGUCCCCUUCUGGCUGUGCCGGGUGGAGAUUAUUAAAGUACGUGGCCAUUAAGGCCAUAUUUUUCUCCAAGAUGUUCAAACGUUCAUAGAUGACCAGCAGGGUCAAAUAAUAAUCACAGAGGUUGUAGAGGUUGCAACAGGUCAGUACAUCAGGAGUAAAUGUCACUUGGCUUUUCAUAGCCGGGCAUUUAGAGGUUCAAAUAGCAGGUGCGGUAGAGAGAGAUAGUUGAACACAGCAGGUCUGGGACAAGGUAGCACGUCCGGUGAACAGGUCAGGGUUCCGUAGCCGCAGGCAGAAGAGUGGACACUGGAGCUGCAGCAUGACCAGGUGGACUGGGGACAGCAAGGAGUCAUCAGGCCAGGUAGUCCUGAGGCAUGGUCCUAGGGCUCAGGUCCUCCGGGAUGGGAGGGAGCGAGAGAGAAUUAGUCUAUGGAUUCUUCAAUUACAUUGAGCUGAUUUCUGACAUGCUGUUCCUUCUUUUUCCAUAGAGUAUUUCUGUAUUGUUUUAGUGAUUCACCAUAGUGAAGGCUCAGGUUUUCUGGGUCUAUAUGGUUUUGGUUGGAUAGGUUUCUCAAUUUAUUUCUUAGGUUUUUGCAUUCGUCAUCAAACCAUUUGUCAUCGUUGUUAAUUUUCUUCGGUUUUCUGUUUGAAAUGUUUAGAUUUGAUAGGGAAGCUGAGAGGUCAAAUAUACUGUUUAGGUUUUCUACUGCCAAGUUUAUACCUUCACUAUUACAGUGAAACGUUUUGUCCAGGAAGUUGUCUAAAAGAGAUUGAAUUUGUUGUUGCCUAAUAGUUUUUUGGUACGUUUCCACACUACUUUCCUUCUAUUUACAUCAUUUCUUAAUAUUAUUCAGGUCCUUUGGCUUUGAUGCCUUAUGAUUGAGUAUUGCUCUGUUCAAGUAGACUGUGAUUUUGCUGUGAUCUGAUAGGGGUGUCAGUGGGCUGACUGUGAACGCUCUGAGAGACUCUGGGUUGAGGUCAGUGAUAAAGUAGUUUACAGUACUACUGCCAAGAGAUGAGCUAUAGGUGUACCUACUGUAGGAGUCCCCUCGAAGCCUACCAUUGACUAUGUACAUACCCAGCGUGUGACAGAGCUGCAGGAGUUGUCACCCGUUUUUGUUGGUUAUGUUGUCGUAGUUGUGCCUAGGGGGGCAUAUGGGGGAGGGAAUGCUCUAAGAUAACCUGCCUCUAAACUCUAAGAUAACCUGCCUAAAUGACUACCGACCCGUGGCACUGACGUCUGUAGCCAUGAAGUGCUUUGAAAGACUGGUCAUGGCUCACAUCAACAGCAUAAUCCCAGAAACCCUAGACCCACUCCAAUUUGCAUACCGCCCCAACAGAUCCACAGAUGAUGCAAUCUCUAUCGCACUCCACACUGCCCUUUCCCACCUGGACAAGAGGAACACCUACGUGAGAAUGCUAUUCAUUGACUACAGCUCAGCAUUCAACACCAUAGUGCCCUCAAAGCUCAUCACUAAGCUAAGGAUCCUGGGACUAAACACCUCCCUCUGCAACUGGAUCCUGGACUUCCUGACGGGCCGCCCCCAGGUGGUAAGGGUAGGUAACAACACAUCUGCCACACUGAUCCUCAACACGGGGGCCCCUCAGGGGUGCGUGCUCAGUCCCCUCCUGUACUCUCUGUUCACCCAUGACUGCAUGGCCAGGCACGACUCCAACACCAUCAUUAAGUUUGCCGACGACACAACAGUGGUAGGCCUGAUCACCGACAACGAUGAGACAGCCUAUAGGGAGGAGGUCAGAGAUCUGGCCGUGUGGUGCCAGGACAACAACCUCUCCCUCAACGUGACCAAGACAAAGGAGAUGAUUGUGGACUACAGGAAAAAAAAGAGGACUGAGCACGCCCCCAUUCUCAUCGACGGGGCUGUAGUGGAACAGGUUGAGAGCUUCAAGUUCCUUGGUGUCCACAUCACCAACGAACUAUCAUGGUCCAAACACACCAAGACAGUCGUGAAGAGGGCACGACAAAGCCUAUUCCCCCUCAGGAGACUAAAAAGAUUUGGCAUGGGUCCUCAGAUCCUCAAAAAAUUCUACAGCUGCACCAUCGAGAGCAUCCUGACUGGUUGCAUCACCGCCUGGUAUGGCAACUGCUUGGCCUCUGACCGCAAGGCACUACAGAGGGUAGUGCGUACGGCCCAGUACAUCACUGGGGCAAAGCUCCCUGCCAUCCAGGACCUCUAUACCAGGCGGUGUCAGAGGAAGGCCCUCAAAAUUGUCAAAGACUCCAGUCACCCUAGUCAUAGACUGUUCUCUCUGCUACCGCACGGCAAGCGGUACCGGAGUGCCAAGUCUAGGUCCAAAAGACUUCUCAACAGCUUCUACCCCCAAGCCAUAAGACUCCUGAACAGCUAAUCAUGGCUACCCGGACUAUUUGCACUGCCCCCCCACCCCAUCCUUUUUACGCUGCUGCUACUCUGUUAAGUAUUUAUGCAUAGUCACUUUAACUCUACCCACAUGUACAUAUUACCUCAACUAGCCGGUGCCCCCGCACAUUGACUAUGCAACGGUACCCCCCUGUAUAUAUAGCCUCCCUACUGUCACUUUAUUCUAUUGUAUAUAUAGCCUCCCUACUGUCACUUUAUUUUUUACUUCUGCUCUUUUUUUUUUCUCAACACUUUUUUGUUGUUGUUUUAUUCUUACUUUUUUGUUUAAAAUAAAUGCACUGUUGGUUAAGGGCUGUAAGUAAGCAUUUCACUGUAAUGUCUGCACCUGUUGUAUUCGGCGCAUGUGACCAAUAAAAUUUGAUUUGAUUUGAUUUGAUUUGAUUUGAUUUGCUGUCACCUCCAGGUAGGUGUUUGUCCCCCUGUGUGUUGAGGGUGUCAGGUUCUUGUCCAGUUCUGGCAUUUAGGUCACCACAGACUAGUACAUGUUCCUGGGCCUGGAAAUGAUUGAUUUCCCCCUCCAGGAUGGAGAAGCUGUCUUCAUUAAAGUAUGGGGAUUCUAGUGGGGGGAUAUAGGUAGCACACAGGAGGACAUUUUUCUCUGUUGAGAUCAUUUCUGCUCUAUACCAAAUUAGCAAACCCCCUGAGUCCCUUCCCUGUUUCACACCUAGAGGGCAACCAGUGGGUCUGUCUCCUCUAUACCAUGUUUCUUAUAGGAUGACAAUGUCUGUAUUUCUGAUUUAUUUGGUGAAGUCCAGGUUCCUGCUCUUUAGGCCAAAGGCAGAUGACCUCAGGCCUUGGAUAUUCCAGGAUGAGAUAGUGAUGGUUUUGUGUUCCAUAAAGUGUCUUUCUCUCACUUUCUCACUUCACUCUCCUCACUCUGUCUCUUAUCUCCCCCUCUGUGAACAGUCUAUUUCACUCAAACACUUCCCUCCCCCUCUCUCCCUCUCUCUCUCGCUCUCUCUCUCUCUCUGUGAGUUCUUUCUUCAGUUUUCAUGGUGUGACAAGAGAGGUAAGGGAGAACAGGAGUUAGUGAGAACAAAUGUCAUGCAUUGACACAUUCUCAAACUCGCAAUUGAUGUUUUACUUUAUUGGAUGAUUAUGACUAAUUGUUUCUCUAUUUUGUAACGGAGACAACUUUAUUACGAAUGUACAAUUCUAAUGAAUUAAAUCACAUUUUGUGUAGACUCAAAGUAAGAGUUCAGCUACAGUUAACUGAAUGUUUUUCUCAGGGAAGGUGAGACCGAUCCUUGAGUGACACCCCAGCCUCAGCUUUCUCCCCAGCCUGCCUGUGUCUCUGUGCUGGAGGAGACAUCUCCGUGACUGUCUCUUUGCUUGCUAGCCUUGUUUCAGCCUUGUUUCUGUAGUUCUGGUGGACAGAAUUGGUCUCAUUAGUAAGUGCUGUGACAAGGGCUAUGGCAGGCCUGCUUAGUCUUUCUCACUCUCUCUCUUUCUCUCUCUCUCUCUCUCUCUCUCUCUCUCUCUCUCUCUCUCUCUCUCUCUCUCUCUCUCUCUCUCGCUCUCUCUCUCUCUCUCUGUCUCUCUGUCUGUCUGUCUCUCUCUCUCUCUCUCUCUCUCUCUCUCUCUCUCUCUCUCUCUCUCUCUCUCUCUCUCUCUCUCUCUCUCUCUCUCUCUCUCUCUCUCUCUCACCCCCACCCCCCACCCUUUGCCCUCAGAACAGCCUCAAUUCGUUGGGGCAUGGACUCUACAUCCACAGGGAUGCUGGCUCAUGUUGACGCCAGUGCUUCCCACAGUUGUGUCAAGUUGGCUGGAUGUCCUUCGGGUGGUGGACCAUUCUUGAUACACACGGGAAACUCAUGAGCGUGAAAAACCCAGCUGCGAUGCAGUUCUUGAGACAGUCAAACCACAAUCCAUGUCUCAAUUAUCAAGGCUUAAAAAUCCUUCUUUAACCUCUCCUCCCCUUCAUGUACACUAAUUGGAGUGGACUUAACAAGUGACAUCAAUAAGGGAUCAUAGCUUUCACCUGGAUUCACCUGGUCAGUCUAUGUCAUGGAAAGUGUGGGUGUUCCUAAUGUUUUGAACACUCAGUGUAAUUGCAGCCAGGGUCUGAUGGGAUGACUGUUAAUGUCACGCCCUGGCUCUGGGGACUCUGUUAUGUUGAGCCAGGGUGUGUAGAGUCUAGUUGAUGUGUUUCUAUGUUGGCCGGGGUGGUUCUCAAUCAGAGGCAACGUGAAUCAGCUGUUGCUUGUUGUCUCUUAUUGGGAACCAUACUUAGGUAGUCGUUUGGCAUUUGUGUGGUGUGGUAUCUUGUUCCGUGUUGGUUUGUGUAUUUGACCGUGGACUUCACGUAUUGUUUUGUUGUUUUUGUUCGUGUGGUGAAUAUAAAUAAAUUAUGACAGACAAAAUGAGAAAAAAAAAUCCAGAAAAUCACAUUGUAGGAUUUUUAAUGAAUUUAUUUGCAAAUUAUGGUGGAAAAUAAGUAUUUGGUCAAUAACAAAAGUUUCUCAAUACUUUGUUAUAUACCCUUUGUUGGCAAUGACACAGGUUAAACGUUUUAUGUAAGUCUUCACAAGGUUUUCACACACUGUUGCUGGUAUUUUGGCCCAUUCCUCCAUGCAGAUCUCCUCUAGAGCAGUGAUGUUUUGGGGCUGUCGCUGGGCAACACGGACUUUCAACUCCCUCCAAAGAUUUUCUAUGGGGUUGAGAUCUGGAGACUGGCUAGGCCACUCCAGGACCUUGAAAUGCUUCUUACGAAGCCACUCCUUCGUUGCCCGGGCGGUGUGUUUGGGAUCAUUGUCAUGCUGAAAGACCCAGCCACGUUUCAUCUUCAAUGCCCUUGCUGAUGGAAGGAGGUUUUCACUCAAAAUCUCACGAUACAUGACCCCAUUCAUUCUUUCCUUUACACGGAUCAGUCAUCCUGGUCCCUUUGCAGAAAAACAUCCCCAAAGCAUGAUGUUUCCACCCCCAUACUUCACAGUAGAUAUGGUGUUCUUUGGAUGCAACUCAGCAUUCUUUGUCCUCCAAACACGAUGAGUUGAGUUUUUACCAAAAAGUUAUAUUUUGGUUUCAUCUGACCAUAUGACAUUCUCCCAAUCCUCUUCUGGAUCAUCCAAAUGCACUCUAGCAAACUUCAGACGGGCCUGGACAUGUACUGGCUUAAGCAGGGGGACACGUCUGGCACUGCAGGAUUUGAGUCCCUGGCGGCGUAGUGUGUUACUGAUGGUAGGCUUUGUUACUUUGGUCCCAGCUCUCUGCAGGUCAUUCACUAGGUCCCCCCGUGUGGUUCUGGGAUUUUUGCUCACCGUUCUUGUGAUCAUUUUGACCCCACGGGGUGAGAUCAUGCGUGGAGCCCCAGAUCGAGGGAGAUUAUCAGUGGUCUUGUAUGUCUUCCAUUUCCUAAUAAUUGCUCCCACAGUUGAUUUCUUCAAACCAAGCUGCUUAACUAUUGCAGAUUCAGUCUUCCCAGCCUGGUGCAGGUCUACAAUUUUGUUUCUGGUGUCCUUUGACAGCUCUUUGGUCUUGGCCAUAGUUGAGUUUGGAGUGUGACUGUUUGAGGUUGUGGACAGGUGUCUUUUAUACUGAUAACAAGUUCAAACAGGUGCCAUUAAUACAAGUAACGAGUGGAGGACAGAGGAGCCUCUUAAAGAAGAAGUUACAGGUCUGUGAGAGCCAGAAAUCUUGCUUGUUUGUAGGUGACCAAAUACUUAUUUUCCACCAUAAUUUGCAAAUAAAUUCAUUAAAAAUCCUACAAUGUGAUUUUCUGGAUUUUUUUUCCUCAAUUUGUCUGUCAUAGUUGACGUGUACCUAUGAUGAAAAUUACAGGCCUUUCUCAUCUUUUUAAGUGGGAGAACUUGCACAAUUGGUGGCUGACUAAAUACUUUUUUUCCCCACUGUAUAUUGUAGGAGGCCAUAAUUCUCCCUGAUCAUUCCUUUUCUCCCCACAUAGACUUCAGGCCUUUGUUGUCUAUUAGACCUGUCAUAGAGGACAAAAAAUAUUCUCCCCCAGAGUGGCUCUCUCUCAUCCAGAGAUGACAAGGAAUCCUGUGCUGCUCCAUGGCACUGCCCAGCGUACACCUGACUGAGACAUCAGGCUGUACCUCUCACUCAUCUUCAAUAACAGCAGACUGGCCUGCUUGGAAAUAGCAGCAGAGCAUCCUCUUAGCUUAUGUUGCUCUUUUUCCUUGCUGUGUAAAGUCAUCCAGUAUAUGUCUGUCUGUCUGUCUGUCUGUCUGUCUGUCUGUCUGUCUGUCUGUCUGUCUGUCUGUCUGUCUGUCUGUCUGUCUGUCUGUCUGUCGGUCGGUCGGUCUGUCUGUCUAUGUUCAUAGACCUCCACUCCUUGACAAUUGACCAGUAACCUUUCUUUGUCACAUAACUCAUCAAUAAUACAUCAUUCUCCUAGGCCUAUUGCACUCACCCCUGUCCAAAUUGUCACUGAUCGUGAGCUUCCAAUGACAACCUCUGUGUGAGACGCUACAUGGCUUUGACCGGGUAAGGCCCCACUGCCUGCUCUCUCCCAGGGGGUUGGGUUGGUUGUCACUGGGUGAUAGGUGAUGGUGGGUGGUGCAGUCCCCAAUGUGACACACCUGUCAAGGGGAGAGAGAGACAGCUUGGUGGGGGUGACGGGGAGUGUCAGUGGGCUGGUCACGGUCUGCUAACCAGCUUCACCUCAGAUGAAAGACAAUGCUAGUUUGUAUCUGCAGUGGUACAACAGACUAGAUUACCAUCUCUCUGUUUGUCUGCUUGAGUGUGUUCUAUAGAGAUGCUAGAUGAAGUUAGGAAAAGUGAUAAGGUGCAUGUUGUUUUUGGGUUGGACUAAUAUCAUGCAUAGAUAGGACAGGAAAUGGGAGUUGAGCUUCAGAAUUCUUGCUAUCAAAAAGUUUUGAUUAAACCAUUUCAGUGAGUGUGUUUUUCUUGUUCUUAUUUUACUAUUUCUGUUGUGAAAGCUUGGUUUCUUGAUGCAGAGUCAGGGUGCGUGUGGAUUUGUGUCAUGUGAUUGAAGAGGCUGUUUUCACUGGAUGUACUUUUGGAGGUUUACAAUCAAGGUCAGGCUUACAUUCUGGUUAUGUGUGUGUGUAUACAGUACGUGCCUGCGUGUGUGUGUGUGGGUGCCUCCAUCUGUGCAUGUGUGUUUGUGUGUCUGUAUGUAUGCACCUGCAUAUGUGUAUUUGUUUGUGUAUGUGUCCUGGGGAGAGGAACUUGUUGGGGAAGUCCCCCACUCAGGGACUGUUGAGAGAGGAGAGGAGAUGCCCUAAGUGCUCUGAUAAAAAUACCCUCCACUUGUGAGGAUAACGACACUGUGUCUUUUUAUUUUUAUUAAAAUGUUGAUUUUGUGGUCAAUAGUUAUGUUUUUUUGGUGAUUUUGAUGUGUGCGUGAGGUUAUUGUCUUGCUGGAAAAUCCCAAUGCAGCCAAGUUUCAGCCUCCUGGCAGGUUUUUGGCUAAAAUGUCCUAGUAGUUGGUUAAGUGCAUGAUGCCAUUGACCUUAACAAGGGCCCCAGGACCAGUGGAAGCAAAAUAGCCCCAUAACAUCAAAGAGCCACCACUGUAUUUUCUGCAUAUCAAUCAAUCAAUCAAAUGUAUUUAUAAAGCCCUUUUUACAUCAGCAGAUGUCACAAAGUGCUAUACAGAAACCCAGCCUAAAACCCCAAACAGCAAGCAAUGCAGAAGUAGAAACACGGUGGCAAGGAAAAACUCCCUAGAAAGGUAGAAACCUAGGAAGAAACCUAGAGAGGAACCAGGCUCUGAAGGGUGGCCAGUCCCCUUCUGGCUGUGCCGGGUGGAGAUUAUAACUGUACAUGGCCAUUAAAGAUGUUCAAACGUUCAUAGAUGACCAGCAGGGUCAAGUAAUAAUCACAGUGGUUGUAGAGGUUGCAACAGGUCAGUACAUCAGGAGUAAAUGUCACUUGGCUUUUCAUAGCCGGGCAUUUAGAGGUUGAAAUAGCAGGUGCGGUAGAGAGAGAUAGUUGAAAACAGCAGGUCAGGGACAAGGUAGCAUGUCCGGUGAACAUGCAUUGUUCUUUCGAAGGCCAAACCCAGCGCUGGUAUGCGUGGCCAAAGACCUCUAUUUUCGUGUCAUAUUAACAUAGCAACGGUUUCAAUCCAAGUGCGAAUGCCAUUUAGCAAACUCUAGGCAAUGUGUAUGGUCAGACAGUGAAGUCUAGUAAACAUUCAUCAUGAGAGAAUUGUUGAACUUUGUCUCAUUUCCAUUUUCUUUCAUAUUAUACAGCCAUGUAGACUCAAAGAAGCACCCAUCAUGCUUCAUUGAAUCUUCCACUGUUGUUUGUUCUUCUGCCAUGUCGUUACCCUCAAUUGAGGCAUUACCUUUUUCAAAUAUCCAGCUAUGUCAUUGCUCUAUUGCAUAUUUCUUCAAAUGUCCUUCGAUUUCUCAUCACCUUGCAAUAUUAUCGCCUUGAUAGAUGAUUCGGUUACUGUAUUUGUCCAAUGUCAUUGCACCAUGUCAUGUUUCUAACCCAGGCAGAAUCUGAAGGAACACACUAAACGAUACUUCUCUGCAAUUGUGUGGAUGUUUUUUGGUUUGUUGCUACUUUAUCGAUGGGGACUGUUAACCACACAGGUCUCUAUUCUUUGCAUCCCCCCAUACCUCUACCCUCAUCCCUCUAUCCCUGAUAGGCUGAUAAAUAAGGAGGUGAUUUGUGAGGUGGAGAACAGGUGGAAAAAGACAGUGUGGUCAGUAUCUCUACUUGUGAGGGUGUGUCUGAGAGAGCACUGUCUGAGAGAGCACACUUUAGAACAUCCAUAGAAAUAUCCAUCCAUAGUCGGCAAAGUUCAUAUUUGCAGUAAAAGUCACAGGUUUGGUGUGUCUGUUGAGCAAAGAGAUAUGUAAUUCUAUGCUGUUGAGCAUAUCAGAAUGAGCCUAGAGUACUGUAUAAUGUGGUGUGAAAUGACAUUACCACGCCUCACACUGACUCCAGGCCAGGGCUCUCUUCCAUCACAGCUUUGGGUGUCAAGAGCAGUUGACAAAACAUCUCCUCAAAGAUUCUACUAUUCUCAUCACACCACUAAGUCACACCAAAUGACUGAAAUUCAUUUUAUUAUCUUGACAAAAUGUUAUUACACAGUGUACACUACCGGUCAAAAGUUUUAGAACACCUACUCAUUCAAGGGUUUUUCUUUAUUUUUACUAUUUUCUACAUUGUAGAAUAAUAGUGAAGAAAUCUAAACUAUGAAAUAACACAUAUGGAAUCAUGUAGUAACCAAAAAGGUUUAUUUGAGAUUUGAGAUUUUUCAAAUAGCCACCCUUUGCCUUGAUGACAGCUUUGCACACUCUUGGCAUUCUCUCAACCAGCUUCACCUGGAAUGCUUUUCCAACAGUCUUGAAGGAGUUCCCACAUAUGCUGAGCACUUGUUGGCUGCUUUUCCUUCACUCUGUGGUCCAACUCAUCCCAAACCAUCUCAAUUUGGUUGAGGUCGGUGGAGACCAGGUCAUCUGAUGCAGCACUCCAUCACUCUCCUUAUUGGUUAAAUAGCCCUUACACAGCCUGAAAGUGUGUUGGGUCAUUGUCCUGUUGAAAAACAAAUAUAGUCCCACUAAGCCCAAACCAGAUGGGAUGGCAUAUCGCUGCAGAAUGCUAUGGGAGCCAUGCUGGUUAAGUGUGCCUUGAAUUCUAAAUAAAUCACAGACAGUGUCACCAGCAAAGCACCCCCACACCAUAACACCUCCUCCUCCAUGCUUUACAGUGGGAAAUACACAUGCGGAGAUCAUCCGUUCACCCACAUCGCGUCUCACAAAGACACGGCGGUUGGAACCAAACAUCUCCAAUUUGGACUCCAGACCAAAAAGACAAAUUUCCACCGGUCUAAUGUCCAUUGAUCGUGUUUCUUGGCCCAAGCAUGUCUCUUCUUCUUAUUGGUGUCCUUUAGUAAUGGUUUCUUUGCAGCAAUUCGACCAUGAAGGCCUGAUUCACACAGUUUCCUCUGAACAGUUGAUAUUGAGAUGUGUCUGUUACUUGAACUCUGUGAAGCAUUUAUUUGGGCUGCAAUUUCUGAGGCUGGUAACUCUAAUGAACUUAUCCUCUGCAGCAGAGGUUACUCUGGUUCUUCCAUUCCUGUGGCGGUCCUCAUGAGAGCCAGUUUCAUCAUAGCGCUUGAUGGUUUUUGCGACUGCACUUGAAGAAACAUUCAAAGUUCUUGAAAUUUUCCGUAUUGACUGAACUUCAUGUCUUAAAGUAAUGAUGGACUGUCAUUUCUGUUUGCUUAUUUGAACUGUUCUUGCCAUAAUAUGGACUUGGUCUAUUACCAAAUAGGGCUAUCUUCUGUAUACCCCCCCCCCCCCCCCCCCCCCCCCCCCCCAACCUUGUCACAACACAACUGAUUGGCUCAAACGCAUUAAGAAGGAAAUACAUUCCACAAAGUAACUUUUAAGAAGGCACACAUGUUAAUUGAAAUGCAUUCUAGGAGACUACCUCAUGAAUCUGGUUGAGAGAAUGCCAAGUGUGUGCAAAGCUGUCAUCAAGGCAAAGGGUGCCUAUUUGAAUAAUCUCACUUUUUUGGUUACUACAUGAUUCCAUAUGUGUUAUUUCAUAGUUUUGAUGUCUUCACUAUUAUUCUACAAUGUAGAAAAUAGUAACAAAUAAAGAAAAACCCUUGAAUGUGUAGGUGUUCUAAAACAUUUGACCGGUAGUGUAUGUGUUUUACCGUACAGGGGCCUGAGUCAUUGCCCAUAUAACGAGAGAGAGGACUCAGAGGGUGGUAAUGAGAACAAUUUAGUCUACUCUGUCAUUAUCAUAGUGCUGAUUGAAUAGUGAUUACUGCUCAGACAGUGUUCUGGCCGUGACUCAGCCCUCCUCACUGUUAGAAAGCCGAUUGAUAAGGAUAUAAUGUGUUAGAUGGAUCUGGUUGAACUUGUCUCUUAAAUACAUGUUUGAGCUAUGUGUAUGACGAAGGGGGAGAUAGAGCUUAAGGAUGGGUUCUACUCUGUAUGUUAUUUGGAGGUGAGAAAUGGUGUACAGGGGGUGCAUGAAGUGAAACCAUGACUCUUGUGUCAGGAUGUUGCAGAAUUAAAAGCACAACCAAUAGUGCCCUUGCGCUUGAGGGCCAUAAGAGCACUACAGGGUAAUCAAACCACUCUUCACUACUACACCAGUAUAAACGGUCCCCUCACUUCAGAUGUCCAUCACUUUAAUAGCAUCUCAAUGCUGCAGUAACCACCUUAUCAGAUCUCAUGAAAUCUGUUACUAAGGCUAUGGGAACUAUAGCGCUACUGAUACUAUGAAUCCAAUAGUGACCAUUUUGUGGGUAUGCGGUAAGAGAAAACGGAGGAAAAUCUUUGGCUAGGAUUAGGUACUUUCACUGAGGGAUAUGUCUGGGUUGGAGUACAGACGUAUAUAUGGAUCUGGGUUGGGGUAAUGAUAAUGAGGUGUGUGUGUAUAUAUAUAUAUAUAUAUAUAUAUAUAUAAACUGGGUGGUUCGAGCCCUGAAUGCUGAUUGGCUGACAGCUGUGGUAUAUCAGACCGUAUACCACGGGUAUGACAAAACAUUUAUUUUGACUGCUCUAAUUACGCUGGUAACCAGUUUAUAAUAGCAAUAAGGCACCUCAGGGGGUUGUGUUAUAUGGCUAAUAUACCAUGCGUUGCGUCGUGCUUAAGAACAGCCCUUAGCCGUGGUAUAUUGGCCAUAUGCCACACCCCCUCGUGCCUUAUUUGCACACCCCCUUGUGCAAAGCUGUCAUCAAGGCAAAGGGUGGCUAUUUGAAUAAUCUCAAAUAUGAAACAUAUUUUGAUUUGUUUAACACUUUUUUGGUUACUACAUGAUUCCAUAUGUGUUAUUUCAUAGUUUUGAUGUCUUCACUAUUAUUCUACAAUGUAGAACAUAGUAAAAAUAAAGAAAAACCCUUGAAUGAGUAGGUGUUCUAAAACUUUUGACCGGUAGUGUAUAUAUAUGUGUGUGUUUGCGUUAAUGGGGUUUUCUCAUGAUUGAGUUCCCCUGUGGAGCACCCAAUCCAUACAUCCCCCUAUAUGGCACAGUGCAGGGAGAUUGCAGGCAAUGGGAGACACCGCACAGCCUCAACUCUGGCAUCAAUCUAGCGCGUGAGCAUAGGGCUGCCACUGCCGUUUGUUCUGGAGUGAUGGGUUUUAAGACUCUGCCAUUGACCAGAUCUCCACUUCUUCCUUAUAGGUAAUGAAAUGCCUCAGUGAGCCGCUGGCCCCUGCUUUCACUAAGGUCCUCAUAAAUAGCACAGCUCUGACAGGUAAUCUGACAGCCAGACGAUGGCACGGCUGCCUGGGCCUCACAGCAGGAGGGGAGUAUUGGAAAUGGUUGGGUACCAUUUUUUGUGUGAUUUAUGUGCAUUUCUUUUGUGAGUUUUUGUGAUUUAUCACACUGAACUCUCCUAUUCUCAAAAUGACCUCUCUCAGACCAGAAAACUUGACAAAAGUAAAAAUGAUCGAUAAAAAAAACGCUAAGCUAGAUCUCAAUCGUGGUGUAUUGGGCGGGCAGACUUGGUGGCCGGGCGUGCGUGCUCACAUGGGUGCGUGAGUGCAUGUCUGUGUCUUAACAGGCUUUCGAGUAGCCUACCUCUGCCCAACCCAACCUCACUGUAUGCCAAUCUUUAUUAUUUUUGGAAUCAAUGUGGAAAUGUAAUUAUCUGGUUAUGACUUAUUAUUCAAUUAUUCAUGGUCUUGUCGGCUCGUUGGCUUGUCUUGAUUAACAGUGCCAUUCAUUACAAAUAUCGAAUGAGUAAUGUCAUACCAUUCACCAAUUUUAAUAUCCAGAUAAUACCAAAUGUGUCAUAAUAGAAUUCUAAUAAAACCACUAUUGAAGUCAUUCACUGCAAGUUCCCUCUUGAACUUAGAGAACAUAGAGAACAGCCUCAUCCCCAGCCUCAUCCCCUCUGGUCUUCUACGCACGAAGCCCAUGCCAGGUCUACUGUAUGUCUCUGAGCCAGAGCAAUAGAGUCAUCCCUCUUCCUGACAGACUAGUUCAAGGUCAAGACCUGCUCCUUGUCAUGACUGGAGCCCUGCUCCCUCUCCUGGCGCUAGCCAUGGUGGCCAUGGAGGGAGGGAGAAAUAGUGUGUGUGUUUGUGUGUGUGUGUGUCCUUUGUUGAGUCUUGUGGUCAAGCCUGAGUUGGCUGAUAAAAGCAGAACACGACGGAGGUCAUAGAAUCAGCACACAUCUGUUAAUCGCACAGGAAUGGUGCGACCAUGCCGAUCACAGAUAUAUAAGUAUGAUUUCCCUAUGAUGCUCAGAGGCCGUUGUUUUAAUGUAUUGUUUGCUAAAUGGCAUAUAUAUUUUGAUAAUUAAAGGGUGAAACCAUGAGAAGAGAAAGGCACUCUAGAGCAGAAGGCUUGAGUUGAAAUGAGCUGUAGCUGAGAGGUAGAAAGAGAGAUUUCACUAGAGUUGUAAACACAUAGGGUUGCAAAGCUACCGGUAAUUUACCAAAGUUUAUUAUGGUAACUUUGGUAUUUUAUACUUGAAUAACUUUUAAAGAAUCUAUUCAAAUAUAGUAUUCAUCAGAUGACCUGGCCUCCACAAUCACCAAACCUCAACCCAAUUGAGAUGGUUUGGGAUGAGUUGGACGGCAGGGUGAAGGAAAACAGCCAACAAGUGCUCAGCAUAUGUGGGAACUCCUUCAAGACUGUUGGAAAAGCAUUCCAGGUGAAGCUGGUUGAGAGAAUGCCAAGAGUGUGCAAAGCUGUCAUCAAGGCAAAGGGUGGCUACUUUGAAGAAUCUCAAAAAGUGUAUGUACAAGUAGUGUAUAUACAUAUAUACUGUCAUCUAGUGGUCCUGGUUGGUAUUUUCUCCUGUUCAUCUUGUGGGUUCAGCAUACAAUUCACAAGAUAUGAACGGCAGAAGAAAAAUAAUCCUAUGAUAAAACCAUGCUGUAAAUACCUGUAAUCUUUUUUUCAGCUGAAAAUAGGUUGAGGGUGUAUCCCAAUGAUCCAGGUAUGACUUACUCACCUUCAGGGUAGUGGUGGCAAUAUGGGCCCACUGUCACGCCCUGGCUCUGGGGACUCUUAUAUGUUGAGCCAGGGUGUGUAGGUUUCAUUGUUUAGUUUUCUAGGUUUGUGUUCUAGUUCGUGUAUAUCUAUAUUGGCCAGGGUGGUUCCCAAUCAGAGGCAGUGGUAGCUUGUUGUCUCUGAUUGGGGUCCAUACUUAGGCAGCCUGUUUGGCACUGUUAAAUUGUGGGAUCUUGUUCCGUAAGGUUUGUGUUAUUUAACCUAGGACUUCACGUAUCGUUUGUUGUUUUUGUUCGUAUUGUGUACACUAAAUAAAGCAUGUACGCCUAUCACGCUGUGCCUUGGUCCGCUUCUAAUAACGAUCGUGACACCCACUCCCUCCAACUGACCUGAGUCUGCUAGCUCAUUGGACUCUGUUUGGAGGGAGCUCAGCCAGUAAUGUCAAACAUGAGCUGCAUGGUUAUCAGUUGCCACUGCACUCAUCUUAUGUGGGUGAUGUCACAUCUUUGCUCAGGUGUAGGACCAUAGGUCCGGGGUGAUGACCUCAUGCUAUGAUACUUCAUUAGGUGAACUUACUGUAUGUAAAAAGCAGAGUGAUGCAAUCUUAAUGUCUGGCAAGGGAGCCUGCCUACCUGUUUUAUUCCCUUUGUCGACUGCUUGAAGUUGAUGAGAGCUGAGAUGAGUGUGUUAUGAAUUGCCUUUUCAGCUGUCUGUCAAGUUGAGGGAGCUGGAAUCCAAUACAGUUUGAUUAGCCACAUAGAUGAGCCUCAGCUUCAGAAACACAUGGAGCUGUUUGGAGCUCUGCUCUUCUUAGAGUCAACUUGAUUAAUCUCCUCCGUACACUCAUGAUUUUUACUUGGUUUGAGAGGUUUGGACUGUGAGAAUUUGAUAGCUUUAGACCCUGCGUGUGUGUGUGUGUGUGUGUGUGUGUGUGUGUGUGUGUGUGUGUGUGUGUGUGUGUGUGUGUGUGUGUGUGUGUGUGUGUGUGUGUGUGUGUGUGUGCGUCCGUGCAUCCAUAUGUCCCUGCGUGUAAAAGACAUUCUGUGAGUGAUGAUGACGUACUGAGCAGAGCUGACUGAGGUAGUUGGGCCUCUGCCAGCCUUUUCAUUCCCAUGCUCCAUAGUGCCUGUUCCCCUGACCACCAGUCCAUCUGUGUGUGAGAUAUAACACACACACCACCCACCUAUGACCAGCCACUUCCAGCACCAUUCCAGGCAGGCACCUUCAUUUCAUGCUCUUCAGCCUGUUGGAUGGACCGCGUUAACGUACAGAUUUAUGGCGUCACAAAGCUGGCCGUGGUGGUGGAUUGAGAGCAGCAGCUACUCUAGUGGUGUGUCUCGCGGGAUAUUAUCGACCCAGCAGGGUGAAAGGGAAUGGAGCGUGUCCAGAGAAUGGCCCCGGCCCGGCCUUAACACUGGAUCCAUCAUGCUGGGAUCGAUAGCGGAUUUCUGGGCUUAUUGCCUGACCCUGAGCAUCUGAUGUAGAACUCUGAAUUAGUGUUGACAUGUUCUGGCUUCACAAAUACGUUGUUUUAUUUCUGGGCAUUAUGCGAGUGCCCUGGUAACUGUAAGGGAAGAAUAGAAUAACUCAGGUAUAUGUAGUCCCCUGUAGCUCAGUUGGUAGAGCAUGGCACUUGCAACGCCAGGGUUGUGGGUUCGUGUCCCACGGGGGGCCAGUAUGAAAAUGUAUGCACUCACUAACUGUAAGUCACUCUGAAUAAGAGUGUCUGCUAAAAUGACUAAAAUACACUCAAUUGUUAUUUCUUUCUAAUGGCACACACACAAAUUAGGGGGGGUGGGGGUGGAGUCUGUUUUCAGUACUUACUAAGUAAUUACACUGAUUAUUCCACUGGUAAUUGAAGUGUGUGUGAUUAAAGUUAAAAUUUUUACAAGAACCUUCCGUAUAACUGUGGGAGAAAAAUCACAUAUUUACCUGAUUUGUUUAAUAUUAAUAGUUAACAAUUAAUAUGCUUAACAAUAGUAGAGAUAUUUCUUUAGUGCCAAUGCUGUGCUUCUGAGAAAGGAUGGUUCAUCUCUUCCACGUUCACUCCCCGCAGCUGGUCAGGGCGUGUAGUCAAGGACAUGGGAUGGAGAUAAACUUGAGGAACAGAUAGACCUGUAUUGUUUUAAUUUCUCGUUGCUUCUGAGUAACCUGGUCAAACGGCAUAAGACAAAGAGCCUCAGUUUUUCAGUUCAUCCUGUCUUUUACUAUCUUCCAAGGGCACAGCUGUGUGGAGAUAUGAACAGUAACGGAACUAACAUUUUUUUUACAUUUUUUAGUUAUUUAGCAGACGCUCUUAUCCAGAGCGACUUACAGGAGCAAUUAGGGUUAAGUGCCUUGCUUAAGGGCACAUCGACAGAUUUUUCACCUAGUCGGCUCGGGCAUUAGAACCAGCGACCUUUCGGUUACUGGCACAACGCUCUUACCCACUAAGCUACCUGCGCUAUGAACCGCUAUGAAUCAGCCAUGACUAAGCAUAACUAUAUAAGACGUCAGCAUUUCCUGUUCGUUGGGCUCUCACUCUGUUCACUUUGGUGUGGGUAUUGUGACCAGCUCCCUUAUACAGUGGGGAGAACAAGUAUUUGAUACACUGCCGAUUUUGCAGGUUUUCCUACUUACAAAGCAUGUAGAGGUCUGUACUUUUUAUCAUAGGUACACUUCAACUGUGAGAGACGGAAUCUAAAACAAAAAUCCAGGAAAUCACAUUGUAUGAUUUUAAAGUAAUUAAUUUGCAUUUUAUUGCAGGACAUAAGUAUUUGAUACAUCAGAAAAGCAGAACUUAAUAUUUGGUACAGAAACCUUUGUUUGCAAUUACAGAGAUCAUACAUUUCCUGUAGGUCUUGACCAGGUUUGCACACACUGCAGCAGGGAUUUUGGCCCACUCCUCCAUACAGACCUUCUCCAGAUCAUUCAGGUUUCGGGGCUGUCGCUGGGCAAUAUGGACUUUCAGCUCCCUCCAAAGAUUUUCUAUUGGGUUCAGGUCUGGAGACUGGCUAGGCCACUCCAGGACCUUGAGAUGCUUCUUACGGAGCCACUCCUUAGUUGCCCUGGCUGUGUGUUUCGGGUCGUUGUCAUGCUGGAAGACCCAGCCACGACACAUCUUACUGAGGGAAGGAGGUUGUUCGCCAAGAUCUCGCGAUACAUGGCCCCAUCCAUCCUCCCCUCAAUACGGUGCAGUCGUCCUGUCCCCUUUGCAGAAAAGCAUCCCCAAAGAAUGAUGUUUCCACCUCCAUGCUUCACGGUUGGGAUGGUGUUCUUGGGGUUGUACUCAUCCUUCUUCUUCCUCCAAACACGGCGAGUGGAGUUUAGACCAAAAAGCUCUAUUUUUGUCUCAUCAGACCACAUGACCUUCUCCCAUUCCUCCUCUGGAUCAUCCAGAUGGUCAUUGGCAAACUUCAGACGGGCCUGGACAUGCGCUGGCUUGAGCAGGGGGACCUUGCGUGUGCUGCAGGAUUUUUAUCCAUGACGGCGUAGUGUGUUACUAAUGAUUUUCUUUGAGACUGUGGUCCCAGCUCUCUUCAGGUCAUUGACCAGGUCCUGCCGUGUAGUUCUAGACUGAUCCCUCACCUUCCUCAUGAUCAUUGAUGCCCCACGAGGUGAGAUCUUGCAUGGAGCCCCAGACCGAGGGUGAUUGACCAUCAUCUUGAACUUCUUCCAUUUUCUAAUAAUUGCGCCAACAGUUGUUGCCCUCUCACCAAGCUGCUUGCCUAUUGUCCUGUAGCCCAUCCCAGCCUUGUGCAGGUCUACAAUUUUAUCCCUGAUGUCCUUACACAGCUCUCUGAUCUUGGCCAUUGUGGAGAGGUUGGAGUCUGUUUGAUUGAGUGUGUGGACAGGUGUCUUUUAUACAGGUAACGAGUUCAAACAGGUGCAGUUAAUACAGGUAAUGAGUGGAGAACAGGAGGGCUUCUUAAAGAAAAACUAACAGGUCUGUGAGAGCCGGAAUUCUUACUGGUUGGUAGGUGAUCAAAUACUUAUGUCAUACAAUAAAAUGCAAAUUAAUUAUUUAAAAAUCAGACAAUGUGAUUUUCUGGAUUUUUGUUUUAGAUUCCGUCUCUCACAGUUGAAGUGUACCUAUGAUAAAAAAUUACAGACCUCUACAUGCUUUGUAAGUAGGAAAACCUGCAAAAUCGGCAGUGUAUCAAAUACUUGUUCUCCCCACUGUAGAUACAUUUUUAAUAAAGUUCAUAUUCUGAUUGGUGAUUGACCUUGUCGCUCCUCAUUAUUGAUUAAAAUAUCCACCACAUAACCCUCAAUGGACUCAACACCUACUAUCUAUAACAUAUAUUUUCUGUUGACACCCAUUACUUACUAGUAGCUACUACAACACCCUACACACAGUAUGGUAGCUAUUCACUGUGCUCUUCCUAUUUCCAGCCAUGCCUCAGCCCUGCUCCUGCUCUUGUCCUGCAGAGAUCUGUGAGUGCAUCCCAAAUGGCACUAUAUUCCCUACAUAGUGCACUACUUUUGACCAGAGCUCUGGUCAAAAUUAGUGCACUAUGUAGGGAAUAGGGUGCCAUUUGGGAUGCAGCCUGUGAAGGGCAUCGGGGGGUGGGGGGUAGUGAAGUGUACAUCUCAUCCCAACAGGCCUUACUGCACAUCUCGUCACGGAGCCAUAACCUGCUGGGCUGGCAGCACAGAAUCAUGUCACUGUUAUGUCAGCGUUUUUCACUCAGCCCCCCUAGUCAUAGCACACAGCACGUUAUGAUGUAAUGAGCUGUAUGCCACUAGAAUACAAGUACAAAAAAGCACUUGAUGACUGAGUCGUCCGACAGACUGCAUGUUGGACACGAUGAAGCCUUUGAAUGGGACUAUAUUAUGAAUGAGAUCAUGUGUGGCAGGUUGAUGUUCAUUGUCAUGAAUCUUGCCCUGGAGGCAGAAUUGAGCUAUUUCCACUAGAUGGGCCAGCUGCAAAGUCAAAAUUGGCUAUAUUGUAAAAAUUCAUGAUAACAAAAAUAUGUUUUAUGGUCUUCAUUUAAGGUUAUGGUUAGGCGUUAGGGUUAGCAGUGUGGUCAAGGUUAGGGUUAGAGUUAGGUUUCAAAUCCGAUUUUAUGAUUUCUCGGCUGUGCCAGCUAGUGACCACUCUGCAGAGCUGCCUCCAGAUCAAGAUUAAUGACGAAAAACACUAACCUGCUAAUGUAUGUGGAAUUUGAGAGAGUAAUACGGAGAUUGAAGUGAUGGACAAGAGUUAUUGAGUUGUUUGAUUGCCUUUGUCGUCGCUGGCCGUUGUUUUUGCCUCUCAGAGUAGGAGUGCUGAUCUAGGAUCAGGUCCUCUCUGUCCAUGUAGUCUUAUUCAUUAUGAUCAAAAAGGCAGGUGAGUUUGUCAGACACCUGUGAGAAUGUGUGUGUGUAGUGUUUGUGGAUUGCGUACUUAGUUGUCUAAUUUAACUCUGAUAGGGGAUUUGUGAUAGGGCUGUUUGUAUUGAAAUUAAUGGGAUACUAAUGCUCCUGAUCCUAAAUCAGCAAUCCUACUCUGAGAUGCGUGACACAUACUAGGCUUGGGCGGUAUACCAUAUAUACCGUAUACCGGGGUAUUUGGAAAAAGCCAUGGGAUGAUUUUUCAAUACCGUCAAAACUAUUUAUUGGACGUUUUUCAAUCAAUUAUCAUAUUUGUAGCUACUUUUUAAGUUAAUACCUGCAGUCAACUUGUGCAAUAUGUUAAGAGAUAAAGCAGAUUGCAUUCUUCAUUUCACCUGUCACAUUAUUUUACAUUAUGAAGCUUACCGUAGUUCCCCAGAACAGUUGAGCCAGUCACAUGUUUGUUUGUAAAUAGCACAACGGGAGAAAGCGAGAGCUGGUGAGUCCAUAGAGUUCUAUAUCUAUCGGUGAGUCUCUGUUGUGUGGUGCACACAAGAUGAUGAAGUUAUAUUUUGCAAUUCACUGCUAAAUGUUUGCCAUCAGAUAUCUUAUAAUGGCUUUCUGCCAGAAUUCAAAGAACCCUGGAUGAGUUAUCUGUACAGUUGCCAUUUUGUCCCUGUGCUUCCUUCUAGCGUUUUUUUUUUCUCCUCCGUUCUUCUCCCAUCUGCUCCGUGUACACAUGCUGCUCUUCCUUCAGAAAAGCAUGCAUCACAACUUUGUUCAUUUGCACAAUUUAUCUUGUUCACUUUUGCUUGUAAAUGUCCACACUCACUGAAAAUGACAUUUGGUAGCUACUGGCUAUGCUUGUAUACCUUUAUGAGCUGGAUUUGCCUGUCUUUGCAAUUAGUUUAUGUUCAUUUUCGCUCGUUAACAUUUAGCUAACAGCUUCUAUGUGAUUUCGCUAUUAGUUUGUGCUAAUUUUGUUAGCAUUCUUGUAAUAGAGGCCCAAUGGGCUUUUCUUGUGUUUUUAGCCCCCCCUUGUGUACUAUGCCGGUAAUACCGUAAAUCCCGGUGUGAGAGAAGGAUGGUAUAACGAUACGAAAAUCUGGAUACCGCCCAAGCCUAAUAAAUACGACCCCCUAAACACAGUUCAGUGCUGGUGAAGGAGGAAGAGGUACGGUUAAGAAAACACAGUGACGUCUGUCAAAUUGCAGACUGAUAGGCUACAUUAUGCUGAGUUGUGUUUUGCUCUGCAAUCAUGUGACACAAAAUGACCAACGACCUCAGGAAGUUAUGAUGGACAUUCAGUGGUGACAUAGCAUGCAUGCACACACACACACACACACACACACACACACACACACACACACACACACACACACAUACACACACACACACACACACAGAUUGUGAGAUUGAGGUGUGUGCCUGCACGCAUGCAUGCACACAUGAUCCAGCUGUAACCACUACCCAGGUUACUAUGGACCACUGAACGUGAGCAGACUCUCAAGCUGAUAAACUUCAUUAUCUCCAAACAAAGCUUGGAUGUCCAUGUCUAUGACAUAUUGAAAGCUACUCUGUGUUUAUGUUUAAUCAAAUAAGAGAAUGUGCCUGUCCAAACCCAUUGGUUUGACUGAAGAACGCCCGUCUACCAACAUGAUCCAUCUACGCAGUCAUAUUUGCUUGACAUUUAUUGUUUUCAUCUGCUUUCCAUCAGGAUUGAUUUCAAAUAGAGAUAACUAUAAACCAGUUGACUGAUCUUUAAGGGAUGUUAGGAAUAGGGUUGUGCUGCUGUGGAUAUAAGAGAGGGCUCAGAUUAUAGUCCCAAUAAAUCAGUGUUAUUGCAUGUAGUUAAGGGUUACCUGUGUGUGAUAGAGUGGAGCUUCUGUCCGCUUUAUCUGGCCAGUUUCAGUGAUGAGUCUGAAUCAGCAGGAUCUAGCAGACACAGGGACAACUCUAGGUAAACACCCCCAUCUAGUGGUCAAUAUGAAGCAUUGAUCUCUUCUGCUGAAGUGGUGUGUGUGUGUGUGUGUGUGUGUGUGUUCAUGCACGUCUGCGUGUCUGUGUGUAUGUACAGUAUGUGUGCAUCAGGGCUGGGGUCAAUUCAAAUUGAAGGCAGUCAAUUCCGGAAGUUAUUUUAAUUCUAAAUGGAAACAUAUUUGAAAUAAAUAGCUUCUACUUCUCAGUUUAUUGAGAAGUCAUUGAAAAUACGUAGAGCACAGCGCUUGUAACGCCAAGGUAGUGGGUUCGAUCCCCGGGACCACCCAUACACAAAAAUGUACGCACGCAUGACUGUAAGUCGCUUUGAAUAAAUGGCAUAUUAUUAUUAUUAUUAUAAAUAGAUGCCGUUCUUUCAAAUUUUGUAUUGUUAUCUAAGUUUACCUCCUCAAUUGACUUCCUUCAAUUCAAAAUGACCCCAGGCCUGGUGUGUAUACGUGUGUGUAGUGUCAUGUGGGUGCAUCCUUCACAAAACAGCUUCAAAUGAGCCACAGUUCAAGAGAGGAGAGUUUUAAUGAGAGUGAGCUGUUAAUUAAAGACAGUAUUUUUUGUCCUGAGGCCUACGACACCACAGCACAGCGCCUCUGUCUCAGCCUAUUAGUCACAUAAAAAUACAAUUACGCUUUACCUUUAACAAUGACGACCUGUCAAACACAUCAAUAAACCACAUCAAUAAACAACAAUUACACUAUACAUAUCUUUAUUCAAAUAAAUUACACAAUACAUGAAAAGCAAACACAAAACACGAAAAGCAGAACACAAUCAUAUUAAACAAACACAUUAUUCAUUAAAAAGGCCCUCUAACAUCUGCCAGAAUUGCCCUAGAGGCACCAAAUCCACCAACUUUAAGGACUUUUGGAGAUCAUUCCACGAGGCGGAAAAAUAACUAGAAGCAGAAUUACGUAACUUAGUGGAGAUUGAAGGGGUCUCCAGGGUUAGCCAUCCUAUUUUGUUGCAUUACAACCUGUAAUUUAAAUUGAUUUUUAUUUGGAUUUCAUGUAAUGGACAUACACAUAAUAGUCCAAAUUGGUGAAGUGAAAUGAAAAAAAUAACUUGUUUCAAAAGAAGUAUACAAAAUAAAUAACGGAAAGGUGGUGCGUGCAUAUGUAUUCACCCCCUUUGCUAUGAAGCCCCUAAAUAAGAUCUGGUGCAACCAAUUACCUUCAGAAGACACCUAAUUAGUUAAAUAAAGUCAACCUGUGUGCAAUCUAAGUGUCACAUGAUCUGUCACAUGAUCUCAGUAUAUAUAUACACCUGUUCUAAAAGGCCCCAGAGUCUGCAACAUCACUAAGCAAGGGGCACCACCAAGCAAGCGGCACCAUGAAGACCAAGGAGCUCUCCAAACAGGUCUGGGACAAAGUUGUGGAGAAGUACAGAUCAGGGUUGGGUUAUAAAAAAAUGUCAGAAACGUUGAACAUCCCACGGAGCACCAUUAAAUACAUUAUUUAAAAAUGGAAAAAUAUGGCACCACAACAAACCUACCAAGAGAGGGCCGCCCACCAAAACUCCCGGACCAGGCAAGGAGGGCAUUAAUCAGAGAGGCAACAAAGAGACCAAAGAUAACCCUAAAGGAGCUGCAAAGCUCCACAGCAGAGAUUGGAGUAUCUGUCCAUAGGACCACUUUAAGCCGUACACUCCACAGAGCUGGGAUUACGGAAGAGUGGCUAGAAAAAAGCCAUUGCUUAAAGAAAAAAAAUAAGCAAACACUUUUGGUGUUCGCCAAAAGGCAUGUGUGAGACUCCAAAAACAUAUGGAAGAAGGUACUCUGGUCAGAUGAGACUAAAAUUGAGCUUUUUGGCCAUCAAGGAAAAUGCUAUAUCUGGCGCAAACCCAACACCUCUCAUCACCCUGAGAACACCAUCCCCACAGUGAGGCAUGGUGGUGGCAGCAUCAUGCUGUGGGGAUGUUUUUCAUCGGCAGGGACUGGGAAACUGCUCAGAAUUGAAGGAAUGAUGGAUGGCACUAAAUACAGGGAAAUUCUUGAGGGAAACCUGUUUCAGUCUUCCAGAGAUUUGAGACUGGGACGGAGGUUCACCUUCCAGCAGGACAAUGACCCUAAGCAUACUGCUAAAGCAACACUCAAGUGGUUUAAGGGGAAACAUUUAAAUGACUUGGAAUGGCCUUGUCAAAGCCCAGACCUCAAUCCAAUUGAGAAUCUGUGGUAUGACUUAAAUAUUACUGUACACCAGCGGAACCCAUCCAACUUGAAGGAGCUGGAGCAGUUUUGCCUUGAAGAAUGGGCAAAAAUCUCAGUGGCUAAAUGUGCCAAGCUUAUAGAGACAUACCCCAAGAGACUUGCAGCUGUAAUUGCUGCAAAAGGUGCCUCUACAAAGUAUUGACUUUGGGGGGGUGAAUAGUUAUGAACGCUCAAGUUUUCUGUUUUUUUGUCUUAUUUCUUAUUUUCUUACCCAAAAAAAUAUUUUGCAUCUUCAAAGUGUGUAAAUCAAAUGAUACAAACCCCCCAAAAAUCCAUUUUAAUUUCAGGUUGUAAGGCAACAAACUAGGAAAAAUCCCAAGGGGAGUGAAUACUUUCGCAAGCCACUGUAUACGCCUGAAGGUGAACAAUGAGGUAAGGUAUGGCGGAAGUUUAUGCAAGAGGGCUUUAUAGAAAAACACUGUCACUAGUCAAUGUAUCGAUCUAUGAGACUUCAAGGAGGGCCAGUCUACUUUCUGAUUCAAAAUGCAAUGAUGCAUACUGAACCUAUCGCCUGUAGUAAAGCGCAAUUUGCUAUGUUAAUAGCUUCAAUACCGCGGCAGCUGCAUUCAUAUAGAUGAUAUCUCCAUAGUCAAUAACCAGAAUGAAUGUUGACUGAAUUAUUUGUUUUCUGCUAUUUAACGAAAGAUAGGACCUGUUCCUAUAGAAGGCUAUUUUAAUUCUUAAUUUCUUAACUAACUCAUCAACAUGCUUUUUGAAAGAUAGCUUUUCGUCAAUCCAGAUGCCCAGAUAUUUAUAAGUGAGGACAUGAUCAAUGAAGGCACCAUCCAACGUACGCAUGCAUAAAUCAUCAAAAUAAAUUUUUACGUGAUUUGGAAAAUAACAUAUAAUUGGUUUUACCUGCAUUUAGUACACAUUUCAGUUCAACAAAGGCUUUCUGGAGGGCAAUAAAGGCAUAUUGAAGCUCUGACAGAGCCUGGUCAGCUGUUGGGGCAAUAGAAUACACCACAGUGUAAUCUGCGUACAGAGCUUCAAAUAGUGAAAAGAACCAGACCAAGAAUUGAUCCCUGUGGGACACCUUUUGUUAUGUUUGGAAAACCUGAUUUAAAACCAUCAGUAAAUGCACACUGUGUUCUUUAAAUUAUUUUCAAACCAGCUACAGGCAACCUGGUCCAGGCCAAUUGAUGAAAGCCUCUGAAUAAGUAAUGAGUGAUCCACAGUAUCGAAGGCUUUAGACAGGUCAAUAAAAAGGGCCGCACAGCGUUUCUUCUUAUCCAAGCAAUUAAGAACAUAAUUUAAAACCAAAUGACCUGGUCUGAAACCUGACUGAUGUACAUUUAGAAUAUAUUUCUUAGUUAAAAAGGAUCUAUGUUCAGUAUUUAGCAAGGAUUCUAUAAUUUUUGCUAGUCAAGUGAGUUUGGAAACAGGGCGAUAAUUAUUUAGGUCACACGGGUCACCACCUUUGUGAAGGGGGAGUAUAUGGGCCGCCUUCCAGACCCUGGGGAUUGUACCAGAAAUAAUUGUAAGGUUAAAAAAUAUGUGUUAAAGAUUCUGCAAUCAGAGGAGCAGAAAGCUGUAGCAAGAAAGGAUCAAGCAAAUCCGCCCCAGCGGGGCAUCAAUCUUGCGCAAGGCGUCGAGCACAUCACAAGUAGAAAGUUGUUGAAAAGAAAACGAAGAUUCACUAGUUGACGGAACUUCCAAUUGAGCCAACUAGAGGCGCAGGCAGUCGACUGGCAGACCAGCUUAAAUUAAACCAUCAUUUAUUUUUAAAAAUUAAAAACUGCAGAGAGGAAUUUUGACACAUCAGUGCAUUAACUGUUUCCCAUACUUUAGACGGAUCACCAGCAGAGUCUGAGAUAGAACUUAGAAAGUAGCUACAGUGAGGGAAAAAAAGUAUUUGAUCCCCUGCUGAUUUUGUACAUUUGCUCACUGACAAAGAAAUGAUCAGUCUAUACUUUUAAUGGUAGGUUUAUUUAAACAGUAAGAGACAGAAUAACAACAAAAAAAUCCAGAAAAACGCAUGUCAAAAAUUGUAUAAAUUGAUUUGCAUUUUAAUGAGGGAAAUAAGUAUUUGACCCCCUCUCAAUCAGAAAGAUUUCUGACUCCCAGGUGUCUUUUAUACAGGUAACGAGCUGAAAUUAGGAGCACACUCUUAAAGGGAGUGCUCCUAAUCUCAGCUUGUUACCUAUAUAAAAGACACCUGUCCACAGAAGCAAUCAAUCAAUCAGAUUCCAAACUCUCCACCAUGGCCAAGACCAAAGAGCUCGCCAAGGAUGUCAGGGACAAUAUUGUAGACCUACACAAGGCUAGAAUGGGCUACAAGACCAUCACCAAGCAGCUUGGUGAGAAGGUGACAACAGUUGGUGCGAUUAUUCGCAAAUGGAAGAAACACAAAAGAACUGUCAAUCUCCCUCGGCCUGGGGCUCCUUGCAAGAUCUCACCUCGUGGAGUUGCAAUAAUCAUGAGAACGGUGAGGAAUCAGCCCAGAACUACACAGGAGGAUCUUGUCAAUGAUCUCAAGGCAGCUGGGACCAUAGUCACCAAGAAAACAAUUGGUAAAACACUACGCCGUGAAGGACUGAAAUCCUGCCGCGCCCGCAAGGUCCCCCUGCUCAAGAAAGCACAUAUACAGAGCCAUCUGAAGUUUGCCAAUGAACAUCUGAAUGAUUCAGAGGAGAACUGUGUGAAAGUGUUGUGGUCAGAUGAGACCAAAAUCUAGCUCUUUGGCAUCAACUCAACUCGCCAUGUUUGGAGGAGGAGGAAUGCUGCCUAUGACCCCAAGAACACCAUCUCCACCGUCAAACAUGGAGUUGGAAACAUUAUGCUUUGGGGGUGUUUUUCUGCUAAGGGGACAGGACAACUUCACUGCAUCAAAGGGAUGAUGGACGGGGCCAUGUACCGUCAAAUCUUGGGUGAGAACCUCCUUCCCUCAGUCGGGCAUUGAAAAUGGGUCGUGAAUGGGUAUUCCAGCAUGACAAUGACCCAAAACACACGGCCAAGGCAACAAAGGAGUGGCUCAAGAAGAAGCACAUUAAGGUCAUGGAGUGGCCUAGCCAGUCUCCAGACCUUCAUCCCAUAGAAAAUCUGUGGAGGGAGCUGAAGGUUUGAGUUGCCAAACGUCAGCCUCGAAACCUUAAUGACUUGGAGAAGAUCUGCAAAGAGGAGUGGAACAAAAUCCCUCCUGAGAUGUGUGCACACCUGGUGGCCAACUACAAGAAACGUCUGACCUCUGUGAUUGCCAACAAGGGUUUUGCCACCAAGUACUAAGUCAUGUUUUGCAGAGGGGUCAAAUACUUAUUUCCCUCAUUAAAAUGCUAAUCAAUUUAUAACAUUUUUGACAUGCAUUUUUUAGGAUUUUUUUGUUGUUAUUCUGUCUCUCACUGUUCAAAUAAACCUACCAUUAAAAUUAUAGACUGAUCAUGUCUUUGUCAGUGGGCAAACGUACAAAAUCAGCAGGGGAUCAAAUACUUUUUCCCCUCACUGUAGAUUUAGCUUUCUUGAUUGAGGAAGUGCAUCUAUUUCUCAAUUGCCUAAAAAACUGCCAAUUAGCUACAGUUAACGUUUCUAGUCUUGGCCCAGGCCUGAUUUCUCAUCAUAACAAGAUCUGACAGUUCUAUAGAGAACCAAGGAUUUGUUAUAUUCUUUGUACUCUAAGGCAUUUAAAGGUGGUGUGUUUGUCUGCCGGAGAGAUACAAAUAGUUGAGAACAAUUCUACAGCUAAUUCAGGGUUGGGUAUGCAGCUGAUAGAGGAAAAGUCUGAGCAUACAUAUCAUGAAGAAAAGCUUGUGGGGGAAAUUAUUUUUCAUUUAUCUUCAUAAUUAUACUAGGAUCAGUGUUAAUCUGAUUGGUAUCUCUAAUUAAUUAGCAAAGACACCACUGGACAAGUACUUGUGGGGGCUAUUUGUCAGAAUUAGGUCAAUCAGUGAGGAGUUUGCUGGAUUUUUUACAUGAAUCCGUGUGAGUUUUGCAAUCAGUUGAGUCAGGUUAAAGUCAAUAAUAAUAUUCUUAAAAUGGUCUGAGGCCGGGGUAACCCAUAAUGUAUCUAAGUUAAAAUUCCCUAACACGACUAAUUCAGAUGACAGAAAAGGUUUUAAAUACUCCGAAAUAGUAAAAGAAUAACAAAUGGGAUAGUGAUGUUUAGAGAACAUGAUGCCACAAGAGUUGAUUUCACAAAUAUAGCCAUCCAUCCCCAUUUUUUCAGUCUGUCACACCUGAAGAUGUUGUAAUCAGCAAUAUCAAUGUCUUUCUGUGGGAUUGAGCCAUUUAACUAAGUCUGUGUGAGAACCAAAAUAUCCAGGCUCGUGUCAUGCAUCCAGAUAUCAAGAAGGUCCAUCUUUGAAAUCAAACUUCGUAAGUUGAUAUGAAACAGCCCAAGCCCUCUACGCAAUUUCAAAACACUGGGGUAUCCAUAUUUGUGGUAUUUUAAAUAAUAGCACUGGGCGAGCUUACCACAGUGGGCUUCCCAAUUGGGUUAACAGUAACAGAGCUAACAGUGGAAUUAAACUUUAUGGUCACAAGGUUAUCACUGACAAUACCCUGGGAAUCUGGUUAUCUGUGGCAGUACGAUGAUAACGCUGUGAAAUAGUGGGAACGGGAUGAUGUACCUAAGCAGUGGUUGGGCUGUUUUGGAGUCAAUAUCUCUACGUGGCCUUGAAAUGUGAGGACAGGGUCCAGGCACAAAGAUGAUUUGGAUGGAUGGACUCCAUCAUCCCUGUAGAGCAUAUUUUGUUUCCAAAAUGCAUCCAAGUUAUCUACAAAAGUUAUGGCUUAACUUUUGUAGAUAACAUGACCUGGAGUGUGAGUCACAUGACAUGAUACUUGAGGCCAGACAAUGUUUCUCUCCCCCCCCCCCCCCCCCCCCCCCCCCCGCUCACAAACAUAAACACAACUCAGUAUAACAACUGAGAGGAGAGGACAGGCUUCCUUAGACUGGAGGGAGGUAGGGAGGGAAAGAAAGAGAGAGGAAGGGAGAGACAUCUGUGUACCCCUACAGCGUGAUAAAAUACAUUAAACUCUGAAUAGGACAACAUAACAUUACAUGACAGAGUUAUUAAUACACAAGGCAGCAUAUCACAAACAAUAUUUAGUCAUUAGGCACCAUCUUGAGCACCUUGCUUUUUCCCAAAACAAAGCAUCCUUAUCUCGUCAGUUUCACCCAAAUCUGUUUGGCGCAGAUGAAAUCUCCUUUCUAUCUCUAUGGAUAGGUAAUCCUAACCCCAUCUUUCCUCUGUGUUGUUGUCUUGUGUCCAGGGACAAGUGAUCCGUAUGUGAAGUUUAAGAUCGGUGGGAAGGAAGUGUUCAGGAGCAAGACUAUCAAUAAGAACCUGAACCCAGUGUGGGACGAGAAGGUCAGCCUACUGGUGGACAGCCUCCGAGAACCCCUCUAUGUCAAGGUAGGAGGACUCAGUGCUACUACAUUGUUUUGGGAUAUUAACACAUUUGUUUUCAAGCAUUAGUGCUAUCUUUAUAUACUUUGUAUAACCAUUGCCUCAAACUGAAACAUGUGGUUAUUAGAAUGCAACGCUAAUUUCAGUGGACUUGUGCCAUGUAAUGUCAAAAUGCAUGGCAGUUUCAAAAUGAAUGCAUACACUACAUUGCAGUACACCUGAGCAGAGUACAGUACUAGAGUUGCAAAAAUCCAGUAACUUUCCCAAAAAUCAGGAAUCAGGAGGGAAUAAGCAUGAAAUCCCAAAUCAUCCAGACAGCAUUUCUGGAAGACCUGGGAAUUUUGGGAAAGUUACCAGAUUUUUGCAACCCUUUACAAUACAGUAUGUGGUCUCUAUGGUGACAGUGUGUUGUGUUGUGUCCUGCAGGUGUUUGACUAUGACUUUGGCCUUCAGGAUGACUUCAUGGGUUCUGCCUACCUCUACCUGGAGUCUCUGGAACACCAGAGGUCUGGACAGACAGGGGAAACACUCAACUUUAUACCUCUCCUUCAUCUCUCGCUAUUUCUUUCUCCGUUUCUCUCUCUGUCACACUUUCUCUCUUUUGAUUGCACUCUCUCGCACUCUCUCUCUCUCUCGUGCGCACUCUCAUGCUCUCUCACUUUCCUUUGCCCAUCCUUCUCUCUUCUUUCUCCUCGUCCUUUUCUUUCUUCUUGUCCUUCCCUUCAUCCCCCUCCAUCUCGUCCUCCUUUUCUUCUCCCUCUCCGUCUCCGUUUCCUCCUGCUCUUCCUGCAAUAUAAUGAACUGUCUCACACAGAAGCAUAUUUUCUCUCUCUCUCUCUCUCUCGCUCUCUCUCUUUCUCUCUCUCUCUCUCUCUCUCUCUCUCUCUCUCUCUCUCUCUCUCUCUCUCUCUCUCUCUCUCUCUCACAUUCUCUCUUUCUCCAUGUCUCUCAGCCAUUGCAUCAGUUUUUUUGUUCUUUGUCACUCACAAUUGUUGCCCUUAUUUGCUUAUUUCUCUCUCUGAAGCCCACAAAUCAGCUAUUUGUGUCCACAUUUUCCUUGAAACUUGGUUCAAUGGAACUUAUCCAAUGCACCACUGCCCUCUAGUGUACUUCCAAUGAAAUGCACAUGACUUAUAUUUACAUGACACCCACAGGUUUGGGAGUGUGUGCGUGCUGGUCACUGUGUCCUCCCUCUACCACUUCAGGAACCUGGAUGUGACCCUUGACCUUGAGGACCCCCAGUACCCCGACCAUGACCUGGGAACUCUAGAGCUGGCAGUCACACUGUCGCCCAAAGAGGGAGACUUCGGGGAAGCUGUAAGUCCACUCAUUUUUAUAUUUAUCUUUCUCUCUCUCUCUCUCUCUCUCUCUCGCUCUCGCUCUCGCUCUCGCUCAUCAUCAAACUGAUCAUGUAUAUAUCAUAUCUGAAUGUGCCAGGAUUUGGAUAAAAAGGAAAAACGUCUGUUUCCACAUCAGUAUCUUAGACUGUCCUAAGGGCUCAAUAACGCCUUCUGAUUGGACAUACUGCUCAUUCCGGACCAGGCCCUAAUUCCCGGGGCUCCAAAGAGGAUGAGACAGCGCAAGAGAGGCAAACUAGCGGUCUCCCUGACGAGACUACGAUGGAGAGUAAAUAAACCGCCGCUACCCGCUGUUCUAUUGGCGAACGUACAAUCACAAGAGAACAAACUGGACGAGCUCCGUUUAAGACUAUCCUAUCAACGGGACCUGAAGAACUGUAAUAUCCUAUAUUUCUCGGAGUCGUGGCUGAACAAGGACAUGAAUAUGGUUUUUCUAUGCAUCGUCGAGGUGUUAACAACAUCUGGUGCGCGAUCUCUAAUGUUAAGGAAGUCUCUAGGUUUUGCUCCCCUGAGUUAGAAUACCUCAUGAUAAGCUGCAGACCAUACUAUUUACCAAGAGAGUUUUCAUUUUAAAAAAUUGUAGAUGUCUAUUUACCACCAAAGAAACGAUGCUCUCAACGAGCUGUAUAGGGCCAUAAGCAAACAAGACAAUGCACAUCCAGAGGCAGCGCUCCUAGUUGCCUGUGAUUCUAAUGCAGAGGAACUGAAAUCUGUCUUACCUCAUUUUUACCAGCAUGUCACCUGUGCAACUAGAGGCAAAAAAACUCUAGAUCACCUUUACUCCACACACAGAAAUGCAUGCAAAGCUCUCCUUCGCCCUCCAUUUGGCAAUUCUGACCAUAACUCUAUCCUCCUGAUUCCUGCUUACCAGUAAAAACUCAAACCGUAAGUGCCAGUGACACGCUCAAUACGGAAGUGGUCCAAUGAAGCGGAUGCUAAGCUACAGGACUGUUUCGCUAGCACAGACUGGAAUAUGUUCUGGGAUUCAUCCGAUAACAUUGAGGAGUUUACCACAUCAGUCACCGGCUUCAUUAAUAAGUGCUCUGACGUCAUUGUCCCCACAGUGACCGUACGUACAUAUCCCAACCAGAAGCCAUGGAUUAUAGGCAACAUCCACACUGAGCUAAAGGCCAGAGCUGCCACUUUCAAGGAGUGGGACACUAAUCUGGACGCUUAUAAGAAAUCCCACUAUGACCUCGACGAGCCAUCAAACAGUCAAAACAUCAAUACAGGACUAAGAUCGAAUCCUACAACGCAUGCUCGUGGAUGUGGCAGGGCUUGCAUACUGUCACGGAUUUCAAAGGGAAACCCAGCCAUGAGCUCCCCAGUGACGCGAGAACCAUGCAUGAGAGCACCAACUGUUCCGGACGACUGUGUGGUCUCGCUCUCCGUAGCCGAUGUGAGUAAAACCUUUAAACUGGUUAACAUUUACAAGGCCGUGGGGCCAGACGGAUUACCAGGACACAUACUCAGAGUAUGCGCUGACCAGCUGGAAAGUGUCUUCACUGACAUUUUCAACCUCUUCCUGACCAAGUCUGUAAUACCUAAAUGUUUCCAGCAGAUCACCAUAGUCCCUAUGCCCAAGAACGCCAAGGUAACCAGUCUAAAUGACUAUCGCCCUGUUGCGCUCACGUCUGUAGCCAUGAGAUGCUUUGAAUGUCUGGUCAUGGCUCACGUCAACACCAUCAUCCCAGACAGCCUGGAUCCACUCCAAUUCACAUACCGCCCCAACAGAUCCACAGAUGACGCAAUCUCUAUUGCACUCCACACUGCCUACUCCCACCUGGACAAAAGGAACACAUACAUGAAAAUGCUUUUCAUUGACUAUAGCGCAGUGUUCAACACCACAGUGCCCUCCAAGCUCAUCACUAAACUCAGGACCCUGGGACUGAACACCUCCCUCUACAACUGGAUCCUGAACUUCCUGAGGGGCUGCCCCAGGUGGUGAAGAUAGGUAACAACACAUCCGCCACACUGGACCCUCAACACGGGGGCCCCACAGGAGUGCGUGCUUAGUCCCCUCCUGUACUCCCUGUUCACCCACGACAGCGUGGCCGCUCACGACUCAAACACCAUCAUUCAUUUUGCUGACGACACGACAGUGGUUGGCCUGAUCACUGACGAAGAUGAAACAGUCUAUAGGGAGGAGGUCAGUGACCACAAAGCACUACGGCCCAGUACAUCACUGGGUCCAAGAUCCCUGCCAUAUAGGACCUCUAUACCAGGCAGUGUCAGAGAAAGGACCUAAAAAUUGUAAAAGACUCCAGCCAACCAAGUCAUAGACUGUUCUCUCUGCUACCGCACAGCAAGCGGCACCGAUGCACCAAGUCUGGAACCAACAGGACCAUGAACAGCCUCUACCCCCAAGCCAUAAGACUAAUAAAUAGUUUGUCAAAUAGUUAACCAAUAGCUACCCGGACUAUCUGACUUGACCCUUUUUGCACUAACUCUUUCGACUCAUCACACACACUGCUGCUUCUGUUUAUUAUCUAUCCUGUUGCCUAUUAACUUUAUCCCUACCUGUAUGUACAUAUCUACCUCAAUUACCUCGUACACACAUCGACUUGGUACUGAUACCCCGUGUAUAUAGCCAAGUUGUCGUUACUCGUUGUGUAUUUAUUAUUUCUGUUAUUAUUUUUCUAUUAUUUAUUUUUUUCUCUCUACAUUGUAGGGAAGGGUCCGUAAGUAAGCAUUUCACUGUUAGUUUACAAAGCAUGUGACAAAUAAAAUGUUCCUGCAUUGGUUGGCCCUGUUGUCUAAAGCUGAAAACAGAUGGAAGUAUAGUUUCAUUUUUUUCUCUUUCUUAAUUAAUCAAUGGUAUUGAACCAUAGAGAGAGAUAGACAACUCAUCUUUGCACCUGUGCCAUUAUAUGGUCUGUGACAGCAUGGGCACCGACAUUGAGUCAAUCUCCAUUUUGAAGUAGUCAAUUUUCUUCUUCACGAUUGGCUGAUCCCUGACGAUUGACAUGACUCCAACAGGAUCACCAGGAGGGAUCAGCCAAUGAAGUUGGAAGUCCCAGUUGACUACAUUAAAAUGGUGGAAGCACUCAAUAGCACUGCCUAUGCUAAUAUGGCCCUUUGGCCAUCAUUCUCAAUGUAUUGAACAGUAUGGAACAGCUCUGACAUUUGAAGGGAUACUUCAGGAUUUUCUGCUUGCAUGCUAGAACAUACCAUAGACUUCCAGCCAUUGUGCUAACGCUAGUUAGCAUUGGCUCGCGAAACUACCUCAAACUUCCUUCAUACCGGACACAAAGACAUAAACAUGGUAUCCACAAAUUCAUCUGACCAUGGGGAAGUAGAUUAAUGCCAAAAUCCUGAAGGAUCCCUUUAAUUCUCACUUCAUUUGGCUCAGAGGAAAUGUCUCCCCAGCCAAUGGCAUGGCUCCGUAAUACAUCACCGAGCCAAUGAUAGAUAGUCUCUAUGAGCUGCUGAACUGGAUGCAAUCCAUCUUUCAACUGGUGGAUAUUCAUUUGCAGGAUAGUUGGCCUACUGGAGAAAAAAUUAUUUGAGCACACACGCACAACAAAUAAUGUGCUUUUAGAAUUACUGUGUUCCAUUUUCAAAGAGCGUUGGGUAAUAUUGCUCCUAAUGAUGUGCAUCCUUCCCUCUGUGGACGUGCUCAAUGUGUCAGAGUCAUAUUUAUUUAUUUUCAAUUAUUUGUUUGGUUAAUUGGACCCCUGCAUGUUUGAUAAAGAACAAGGGGAGAGUCUUGGGGGAAAUGUUUUAUUCUGUUUGAUCUGAUGUCUUAAUUUUGCUCCUUAUUUGGUUCGAUAGUUCAGAGAAUUCACAUUUGACACAACAUAUAAACUGUAUUUAGGUUAAGCAUCCUUUUCGAUCCUUCAAACUGUGAAAAGGAGCACAAGGUCACAGCAACACUACGCAGUACGGAUGUUGUCCUCUAUCUCCACCUACUGGGCAAGAUUCAAUCUUGAAAUCAAGGCCAUGACAAACUGGAAUAAAAUUAGACAGACGGUUCACAUUCAUAGGUUCACAUUUCAUGAAAUACUGUACUACACAGUAAUCAGAAACAGGAAAAUAACCUUAACAUAUUGAUUACUAAUGUCUAAGAAACUAAUGCCCAGAUACACAAACACAGAUUAUUUCGCCAUCACUGGUUAAUCCUGGAGUGUGUUAGCCGGUCCCAAAUCACUUCCUAACCAUCCAUUUGGCCCUAACAACCCCUUCAAUGUUUGCAGAUCUGUAAGGUGGAAGCAAUAUGGUGGAAGGAGCUCCACUACACUGGUUACAACUACACCUACACAUACCCUUGAGAUCUGCAAGUAUUGAAGUGUUAGAGCCAAGGAUAGGGUUAGAGAGUCAUGUAGGACUGUAUUUGUGUGUUGUCUGCCAGUGUGUGUGUGCUAGCACACAUAUAUAUACCUGUCCCCUGUGUGCAGCACAGUAUAUAUGGGCCGUUGUGGCAGCGCUUUUACUGUAUGUGUUGCUUAUUUUGGCUGCCUUAUCACCCUGCCUCCUCCUGGGCUGACCUCUGCCCUCUGAUCCCCUGCAGCUCUAAGCUCUCCAGCGUCCUAUAACUGCUUUGUCUCAUUUACAGACCAUGCUUUUGAGAAGGAGCUGGAAACGAUCCAAUAAGGUAAUACAUGGCAUGUAACCUCUAAUACCAACUACCUACCUGCUCUACCCACCCAAACCCCUCCACUAGCCUCCCCCCUCCCCCAAAAACCCUCCACUGUCCUGGGUUCAGGUGGAGACCCAGCCCCUCUCCCUCUCCACCUCCUCUGUGUCCCUGUCACCUUUAUCAGGUCUCACUCCAUCAUGUUUUAUUUCCCUCAAGCUGCAAUAUCCAGACAGGUGGAACUGAGAGCAGUGACAAGUAGCAGGCAUACUGUAUGUACAGUACAUGCUUGUUUGUUAGUCCAGAUGGGGACUUCUGUACUUUGACUCUUUAUAGUGACCAGAAGCUAAGGAAUCCAUGUGAAAAUGUAGCCAUUGUAACAUAGUAACCUCACAUUUGCCCUAUUGUGAUUUGGGCACCAGUCUUAAAGAAUCAAUAGUGAAACUUUAGUUGAAUGUAUAGACUGUGAUUUCAUAGUCUUUGUGCUGAAAUAUAGAUAUAGAUACUAUAUUAAGUAUAUGUAGUAACUAAUCAGGGUUGUCAGUUAUAGUUGUUCAUUUAUGGAGUGUGGCUCUUGAAAACAGUUUGCCAAGACCCCACUGGAGCAAGUCCAGUGUAUUGCUAGCCUGGCUGAUACAACCCAUGUGACCACACAGCAAGGAAGCGCGGUGACUCACUGGUCUGGAAAGGAGGACGCUUGUUAACGCAAUAUUUGCUCAGUAAUUAUUUAGUGGAAACAUUGACUGGUUCCCUCAAAUGUUUGUUUUUUCCUGGGGGGUAGAGAGCUGUUUGGAUUUGAAAAUCCAACCGUUGUAAUGGAAGGAACAACAUCAAAACAGCCUUUCUAGCAGAGGAGGCUGGUGGAAGGAGCUAUAUGAGGAUGGGCUUAUUGUAAUGACCAGAAUGGGAUAAAUUGAACGGUAUCAAACACAUCAAACAUAUGGAAACCACAUGUUUGACUCUGUUCCAUUAAUUCCAUUCCAGCCAUUACAUUGAGGCUGUCCUCCUAUAUAUCCUCCCACCAGCCUCCACAGGACUUUGAGUUUGGUAUUAGCCAGACCAGUGUAUUGCAGCUGAUGGGUGAGAAAAUAAAGUGACUCUUUCUCCCCUGUCAUCUCUAUACCUCUCCCAGUGUUAAGGGGCCUAUGUGGCUGAGGCAGCAGUUCGGCCUCUUUACGGAGACUGACCAGGCUCAACUUCAGGUCCAAACUAAAGCCAAGAAAUGUCUGGCCCUUAAUGGUCUUAGUUUAGAGAUUGUAGAUAGUCCUGAGAAAAAAUGGAUACAUGCUUCUUUAAUUAAAAAGGAAAAGAGGCGGUUGAGAGAAGGAGCUUGUGAUGUGAGAGAGCGCCUUUUGGAUGGAGGGAUAGUUUUAGAGGUGUGUCUGUGUGUGUUGGAGGUUUACUUGCUGUUAAGCCAGAUCUCCCAGGUCUGAGAAGAGACCCUUUUAACUCAUGAGGACAUCCACCCUGUGCAUAUCCUUUUGAUUUCCCAUCAUGCCUAGCAGAUUGACCCUUGACCUAUGUUCCUCAUCUUUGCUCUCUUUUAUUUCCUUACUACAGAAGGAAUGCUGGUCCAGGGGCCGCUUCUCCCUCUCAUUGGCCCAUAUGUCUGUAUCUGUAGCCAAUAGCUAUUCAUGUUCUGUAUCCUGUUUGUCACCUUGAUUCCCUCUGCACCAUAGAAGCCCUCUGGAGUUCAAAACCAGUAGGCUUAUGUCUCUGUCUCAUUUGAAACCAAACCCAUGGAUGGACUCUUGAUGACAAACAACUUCCCACAUUUCUCAGUGUUUCUGAAAGCAGCAUUCUUGAUCUGAAGGCAUGUAGUCGAGUACAGUUGAGUAAAAGUUUGUUUGAGUUCAUAAGGAGAGACAGAAACAUAGUUUGAGCGUGUCUCUGGUUGGAGUGGUGCGGACGUCCUGCUGUAGUGCUUCCCCCAAACCAACCCUUUGAAGCUCCAAACUGGGCCAUCCCGCCUGUGACUCGGGAAUUAUCUCCAGUGCUAACUAACUGCUGCACUUCCCCACCAAGCCCUACUUCUCCUGGGUGUCUGCCUGGCUGCCUACCUCCCUCCCUCCACAGUUAUUUAUACACCAUCUUUAAUCAAGCCAGAAUAGUGCUGGACUCAAUACAUGCAAACAAUGCAAGAACCACUGUGGCAUAAUUAUAACACUAAAAUAGUUUAAAUCCGCUUCCCUUCAAGUCCAUUAAAGCUAACUCAUGCCUCUUUAUUAUCGCUCUCUGUUCUUUGUCCCAUAAGUUGAAGAGUUCAAUCACACACGGCUUUUGUUUUAGCCUAAAUCAGUUCCUAAAUUGAUUGUUAUUUUCAAUAAGGGAUUUCAACCCAACACUUACCCUCAUAUUUUAUUUUCCCUGCUCUACUUUGGGCGUGGGGUGUUGUAUCUGUUGAUUCCUAAUCCAAAUCAGCCAUGGGUUUUUACAUAAUGAGCGAUAUGUAUCUACAAAACAAUAACGCGGCCUCACAAUUAGGCUUUUCACCGGAAGAGGAGUUAGCUAGCAUAGAGCGGCACCCUUCGCCAUUAGCAUAACAACAUAGUGUAGUAGGCUACUUGGACUUACUGUACAGUAGUGGGAGUAUGGGUGGUAGUAUCACACAGAGCCCAGCUCUCAUUGUUUCAUGUCUGGAGAAUGGAAAUGAAUAGGCCUCGUCUCCACAUCAAAGCGCCACUGCUUGUGUGCCAGGAUUUGUUCAAAGUUUAAUUAAAUUCACUGCAAACAAAAGAUAUGCUAAUAAGGCUCCUCCAAACGAGGCAGGGAGACAGUGAUAUAACUCAUAGAGAUGUAUUUGUUUGACAAAUAAGUACCGACGGCUUUAUUUUUGGUUUUUUCUCCCCGCACAAGCGAGCAAUAGCUGUGUGACUCCUGCCGAGGUUAAAUUAGCCUGUAAGCGAUUAGGAACGGUUAGAAAAUGGGUUUUAAACUGAGGGGGGAGGAGCAUCAAUCAGAAUUCAUGCUGUCAGUGGUACAGCUCAAUGGGUUUUAUUAUAUUCAACUGCUGUCACUCAAAGAUUCAUAGACCAGAGCCUGUAUUCAUAAAGUGUCUCAGAGUAGGAGUGCUGAUCUAGAAUUAGCCCCCACCCCUGUCCAUAGUCUUAUUCUUUAUGAUCUAAAAAGUUAAACUGUGAGACACUUUAUCAAAACAUCCAGGUAAAAACACAGAGAUGUCCAUUGUUAGGUUAUGAUUGUGUAGCCUGGGACGUAAGCCUGUAGAGUGGACAGUAGAAGUGUCAAGGGUAGGAUCUGAACCCAGAUCAGGUACAUUAUCUAUAUUACAAUGUACAUGAGUGAUCCACAGCAUAAUGGGUAAGCUGAACCAGAAGCUGACUCCAAUGUUCUAUGUUGGACUGUGUGUUUCUUCCUUUGCCUCCAUCUCUUUGUAUGGUCUUCAUGUCUGUCAUAUGUAUUGCGGUUUUUCUGCAGAUAGAAAACUGUGAUUGAUUGUCACGAUGCAUAAGUUGGAAUCUUAUUGCACAUUUAUCUGUUUCUGUUUGCAUGCUCGUGUGUGUGCAUGUGCGUCUGUGUGUGUGGGUGUGUGUGUGGGUGUGUGUGUGGGUGUGUGUGUGGGUGUGUGUGUGUGUGGGUGUGUGAGGGUGUACGCAGCAGCUGCAUUCAAGUAUGCGGUUGUCAGAUGUCCACAAGAAAGCUCAGCUGUGGAGAGGUAUAGUGAGCAUCAGUCUGAUUGAGGCUCGCGACCUCCAGCCUAUGGACGCCAACGGCUUCAGUGACCCCUACGUCAAAUUCAGACUGGGCCAUCAGAAAUACAAGAGCAAGGUACCUACACCAUCGCUCAUGUACUGAACCUUCCAACUCAUUUCCUAGCCAAUUCUUAGCUACUUUAGCAUUAGAGGAUACACUUACAAUACAUUGCCAAAAGUAUGUGGACACCUACUCAUCGAACAUCUCAUUCCAAAAUCAUGUGCAUUAAUAUGGAGUUGGUUCCCCCUUUGCAUCUACAACAGCCUCCACUCUUGUGGGAAGGCUUGCCACUAGAUGCUGGAACAUUUCUGCGGGGACUUGCUUCCAUUCAGCCACAAGAGCAUUAGUGAGGUCGGGCACUGAUGUUGGGCGAUUAGGCCUGGCUCGCAGUGGGCGUUCCAAUUCACCCCAAAGGUGUUCAAUGGGGUUGAGAUCAGGGCUCUGUGCAGGCCAGUCAAGUUCUUCCACACCAAUCUCGACAAACCAUUUCUGUAUGGACCUCGCUUUGUGCACGGGGGCAUUGUCAUGCUGAAACAGGAAAGGGCCUUCCCCAAACUGUUGCUACAAAGUUGGAAGCACAGAAUCAUCUAGAAUGUCAUUGUAUGCUGUAGCUUUAAGAUUUACCUUCACCUGAACUAAGGGGUCUAGCCCGAACCAUGAAAAACACCCCCUGACCAUUAUUCCUCCUCCACCAAACUUUACAGUUGGCACUAUAGAUUGGGGCAGGUAGCGUUCUCCUGGCAUCUGCCAAACCCAGAUUUGUCCGUCUGACUGCCAGAUGGUGAAGCGUAAUUCAUCACUCCAGAGAACGCGUUUCCACUGCUCCGGAGUCCAAAGGCGGCGAGCUUUACACCACUCCAGCCGACGCUUGGCAUUGCGCAUGGUAAUCUUAGCCAUGUGUGCGGCUGCUCGGCCAUGGAAACCCAUUUCAUGAAGCUCCUGACGAACAGUUCUUGUGCUGACGUUGCUUCCAGAGGCAGUUUGGAACUCAGUAGUGAGUGUUGCAACCCAGGACAGAGGAUUUUUACGCGUUACGUGGUUCAGCACUCGGCGGUCCCGUUCUUUGAGCUUGUGUGGCCGUUGUUGCUCCUAGACGUUUCCACUUCACAAUAACAGCACUUACAGUUGACCGGGGCAGCUCUAGCAGGGCAGAAAUUUUACGAACUGACUUGUUGGAAAGGUGGCAUCCUAUGAUGAUGCCACGUUGAAAGUAACUGAGCUCUUCAGUAAGGCCAUUCUACUGUCAAUGUUUGUCUAUGGAGAUUGCAUGGCUGUGUGCUCGAUUGUAUACACCUGUCAGCAACAGGUGUAGCUGAAAUAGCCGAAUCCACUAAUUUGAAGGGGUGUCCACACACUUUUGUAUAUAUAGUGUAUGCAUGUUCUUGCAGGGAUCAUAUGUCAGUUGCUAACAUUAGCAUAUUUUUAUGAUAAAAUAUUCACUUAGGACAUCACUUGGUCUGGACUGAAAGGCAUUGAAUGCAACAAUUAUGUCUCUGUCACUAGCAAACACAGUCAUGGGUGGUACUGGUACCUCUAAAAUGCAAUCGAAAGGCAUCCUGGGAAAUAAAUAAUCAAAUAAGCCUUACAGUGUUAAAACAACACUCCAAAAGAAGUUAAUGUAACACCACAGCUGUUAAUUCCCUAACACUGAGAAAGUGUAACAGCAUCAGCUCUAAUAAAGUGUUAAUUCAAGUUGGAAUUUGCAACACCCAUGGUGUUAGGGACCCAACACUCUUGGUUGUGUUAGUUUAUUAACACUAUUUGAGAUGGUCACAGAUCAUUUCUAAGAAAUUGUUACAUUUAACAAUGUGGGUGUUAAAAUUCCGAUUGCAAAUUUGCUGCGCACAGAUCCCUCUUUUUGUGUGCUCCAUUCCCGCAGACGAUACCCAAGACUUUGAACCCCCAGUGGAGAGAACAGUUUGACUUCCAUCUGUAUGAGGAGCAGGGGGGCUUCAUUGACAUCACCGUCUGGGACAAAGACGCAGGCAAGAAGGACGACUUCAUGGGCAGGUGGGCUUCUCACACAUUCAGACACACACACAAGCACACCUAUACACACGCAUUGAAACACACUUUCUUUUGUUCAUUUCUCAACAACACCAAUAGUCUCCCUCCUGUCUUUGUAUGUGUAUUUGAUGUGAGAUUCCCUCUUGGACCGAGGGUGACACUGCUUUUGAGUUCGCAGUCAUCACUAAACCGUUAGCCCGACUCACGUUCGCUACAUGUGCCUAUGUGUGCGUGCGCGUGUGUGUGUGAAUGUGUGUUUGACAAGUCCCCACUAAGACAGGAGGCUAAUAGCUAGGAGAGGAGAGGAGAGGAGAUUGGAGGAGCUCGUUUUGCAUUUCUCCAUACCUCUUCCUGGAGAGCUGGUGUCCACUGGUCCUUGCUUGUAAUUGACUAUUUCCCCCUCCUUAAAUACCCAUCUGGUUGAGUCCUGUUCCAGGCCCACUGAUGUCCACGUCGCCCCUCUGUCCACAACCUAUUGACGGAUUCAUUAACACACGCACACACAUAUAGAACCAGUGAGCCUGCCUGCUUCCCAUUGCACCACUCACUGGAAAACGACAUCUGUUUUCCCCUGUCUCAGCCUCUCUCUCUCUCUCUCUCUCUCUCUCUCUCUCUCUCUCUCUCUCUCUCUCUCUCUCUCUCUCUCUCUCUCUCUCUCUCUCUCUCUCUCCCGGUCUCUGCCUCUCUCGCUCUCUUGGUGUAGUGGAGUGGACAAAGCAACCCUGUGCCAUAACCAUGCAACAUAUUUUCAAAUGACUGGCAGGCUACAGUAAAAGCAAAGUGAUUAUUGGGACCUGUCGACUGACUGAAGGAAAUACAUUAUUUUUUGCCUUUCUUCUUUUCAACCUGUGGUCCUCUGGAGCUCAAUUGGUAGAGCAUGGCGCUUGUAACGCCAGGGUAGUGGGUUCAAUCCCCGGGACCACCCAUAUGUAAAAAAUGUAUGCACACAUGACUGUAAGUCGCUUUGGAUAAAAGCGUCUGCUAAAUGGCAUAUUAUUAUAUUAUUAGUACCUCACUAUUUCUCUUCCCCACUUUCUCCUGAUUUCACCCACCUGUCUCACUAUUUCUCACUCUCACCCCCCCCCCCCCCCCCCCCCCCCCCCUCUCAAUGUUAGAGUCUAUAUACCUGUAUGUCUGUAAUCAAAACGUGUGUGUGUGUUUCAGGUGUUCGAUAGACCUGUCGCCGCUGAGUAAAGAGCACACUCAUAAGUUGGACGUACCGCUGGAGGAGGGCGAGGGCAUGCUGGUGCUGCUGGUCACACUCACGGGGGCAGCAGCAGUGUCCAUCUCAGACCUGUCGGUCAAUAUUCUGGAUGACCCACACGAGAGACACCAGAUACUACAGAGAUAUGUGAGUUUUGUGUGUGUGUGUGUGUGUGCGUCAAUAGGUGACCUUAAUGGGAGAGGCCUUAGUGACAAGCCUCAGGUUCUAGGUCUCUCCUGCUCCCUCGUGUGGAGACAUCAAGCAACAACACUUUGUCACAGACUUGUGAGAACAACCAUGUCAACUUGUUUUCAUUGGAUCACAUUUCCAACCAGGUCAUCAUUUCGAUGCACUAUAAAAACAAUUGUUUUGCUUUUUUUGCAACAAGAUCUCACAGUUUGACACGGUUUGACUUCAGUAUUUUACGUUUGUAAAAACGAGUGACUAUCACUGGGAUUGAACACGCAACCCUUGGAGCCGGGGCUUGCGGCUGACGCCCAUCCUCCAUCCCCAUCCAUAACGCCCUAGCAAGCUGCAAGCCUACUUAAUGGUGAUAGCGCUCACCGUUGCCCCUAGUGGCUGGUUUUGAAGGCAUCCCCCGACGUCCUGGCGACCUGAACGAAUGUCAAAUAUCUCCUUGGAUCUCGAGUGACCUGGCUGGGCUUUGACCUGGUAACUACUGCUGAAAGAGGGGAGGGGACCGAAGAUGAGAGGAUGGGGUACAGAGAAGAGAAAGAAAACAGGGGGUUGAGAGGUUAAGAGAGAAGACGGGCUCUGGUAGGUUCUAUUGAAACUGAAGCUGCUGUGAAUCCCUCCUCUCUCUCCAUUAGUUUGUGUUUUUAUACCAGAAUGUGAGUGGUUGUGAAUAUUAUUAUUUUUGAAUAUUUAAAGGUCUCUGUGGGGUGUGCUAGUGUGUUAUUUUACUGUUUGUGUGCCUGUGUGUGCGCCUGUGUGUGCGCCUGUGUGUGUGUGUUAGCUGAAAAAUGCCUGGUGUCUCUCUGAGUAGUCCAAGGCCCCCUGUGUUCCUGAGGCCCUCCACACAGCACAAUACACUCCGCCUGUCCCUUUGUCUUAGCGCUGUUAACCCUUCACUGGCUGUCUCUCUCAGCCUUCAGCCCAGCACAAAGAUGCACACACACACACACACACACACACACACUGGGCACUGCAGCUCACUCAUUGACAGCCCUGACAGGGGACACUCGUCACAUAUCAACAGUAUGUUGUCUGAUGGUAGUUGCUUAACGCCCUGAUAAUGCAGAUUGAGGCCUGGAGGAGUCUCAGCAUGCGUUCCAGCACUGUGCUGUGCUCCUUCAUUAAGACAGGGAAUGCUCAUUCCUCUACCGUGCUGUGCCUGUGUGUUUUGUUUCUCUGUAGUUGCUGCAUACUCUAGCAACCUACUUCAUUUGUUUGUAUGUGGGAGUUUGAUUCUGUAUCUGUGUAUGUGUGUGUGUGUGUGUGUGUUUGUGUGUAAACUGUGCUCUAAUUUAAGUUCAGAGUCCUGCUGGGUUGUGUGUUUGAUCUGGGUGAGCUCCAGUGGAGAGCGCUCCACAGGCCAACCACGGACGCGUGACCUACAUACCGCGCUAGCACCUCAUUGGCUGGCCACAAGAGCACUCCCCACGCUGUAGUGGCGUCCCAUGCUCAGAGGGGGGAGCUCUAGGACCGAGACAGGCGGCGGACGCGACUCUCUUCCUAAACACACGUAGAGCAAGGGCGGGGAGGGGAAUGUGUGUGUAAGUGUGUGUGGGUGUGUAAUAGGGAGCGAGAGGUAAGGGGUGAGGGUUGCGCUGGAAGGGGUAGGCGUGCAAAAUGAAAAGAAAAAGCUAUUUCACCUCUCACAACUGCAGCCCCCCUGUUUCUGCGCUGUAAAGGAGCGACAUUUUCCCCCCACAUCUUCUCUCUCCCUAAUUUUCUCGCUCGCUCUUCGUCUCUCUGUGCAGGCUAUGCUCUCUGUCUCCCACCAACGACCCCACUGGCCACCCGACUAGCAGCAAGGGGAGGAUGGAGGGUUAGGGGUGAUGAAGGGGGAAGGGGGGGUGAGUCAGCGGGGGGACAGUAUGGUUUGGUUUGAAGAGGACUGCCGUCUAUUAGCAUAUUCCUUUUCUCCUGACUGAUGCCCUUUCAACGAGAGAAUUUAAUAAAGAUGUACCUUAUCAAGGCAGACCGAUAACAGCAAGUGCUGGUACUAAUGCUGUACAAUACUCUCCAAAGCAGAGUAGUCUGAGUGUGUGUGUGUGUGUGCUCGUGUGCGUGUGCAUGUGUAUGUGGGUCUGUGUGAGUCUCGGUGUGUAUGUGCAUGUGUUCAUAAAUGUGUGUGCGUGAGGAGGUGUGUGUGAAUCUUUGCUCAGGCGAAUGUGUUCCCUGAUAUCAUCAGUAUGGAAUCAGCUGUCUAGCAGACGGCUGUACAAAGCACCCACUAGUGCUAAUCACUGCAACCUCCAUAACACACCACCCACCCCACACCCUCACCCCCCUUCAACCAACCAAUAAACGACUUAGUGAAUGAAUUGGCAGUAGGGGUUACAAGUGCCAUGCAUUUCAUCAUCAUAGCGCCCAGGCUUUGAAGCACAUAUGCUGGCUCCUUAAAAACGUAUAGAUGAGGAAUGAACGCAAUUAAAUCCCUUCUCCGUCCCCGGCUUCUCACCACCGGCCCAGCCCAACAUCAUUAACGCAGCACUGACAUAUCAGAUGACUUUCGGCUUUCAUCUGGCUGCUAAAGGAGAGCAGAGGAGAGGAGGGAGGGGCACAGGGCUGGGCUAUUGAACCUCCCCACCCUCCACCCCCACCGACCACGUUAAGUCCCUGGUUUAAUAGCAUGUGGGAACAGGAUGUAGACGUUAGCCCGUUAGCUCUCCGAGGUCAGCGUGUAUCGCAGUCGUUUCCCUUCCUUAAUCUUCCGGAAUUGAAGACAACUGAUAAAACACACCUGAGAGUGGGCUCUGGAGACGUUGGGCUUCUCAAAGUCCCUUUUCCCAUCAUAUAUGUAUCUAUUAUACUCUGGCCCUAGGCUUUCCUAACCAUGCAUCUGUUUGAUGAACAGUGGAGGGACAUGGGCGGGCUUGUAGGUGUUAGGUGUGGUAUUUCCCCCCUGUAAUAGGUUUGGCUAUUAUUGUGUCUAUAGUGCCUGGUACUGUCAAAUGGUGUCUCUCUAGCUGUGAGUUAUUCUACCAUGAUGAGAAACUUGGAGGGUUUACAGUAGGACGUUGUGUGUGCAGUGCUUGUGUUGGUUGCAUUCAAUUAACUGUCUCAUCCGUGUACUGAUACUCCCCAUCCUCUCUCUUUCAUGGAAUUACAUUAAGUUAUUGAUGAUAGAGUAUCUGAAUUGAUAGUGUAUCUGUAUCUUGAUAGUGUAUUUUUAUAUUGAUAGUGUAUCUGUAUCUUGAUAGUGUGUCUGUAUCUUGAUAGUGUGUCUCUAUCUUGAUAGUGUGUCUCUAUCUUGAUAGUGUAUCUGUGCAAAAGUUACAUUCUGUGUAGGUCUUUUCUUUAGCCUAAAGUAUUAGUCUUGAUCCACCAGUGUUCAAAUAUUAACGUGGUGGCCACUACUUCACCCCUCUGUCAAGCCCAGUAAUGGUGCUUGUUAGUGUGUUGGUUAUGUCAGCUCUAUGAAGGUGAGGUGAGAAGAGGGAGUAGGGGGAUUCAUGCAUACUAAUGAUGGAGGAGGACCUGGACUAAUGGGUCUUAAUGGGUCUGGGGGGACACACACUGACCUCUCCUCAAGUGGUGCCACUCCACUCUACUCCACUCCUGCAGCCCCUACACACCCAUAACUCACCCUCAACCCACACAGAGGAGCGAGGGGGCACCUAGGAGGAGAGGAAGAGGUAUAGAGAAAUGCAGAGAGAGGGGAGAGAGGAGGAGGUGGAAGCUGUUAGCAUUCCAUUUUUAUUAUGACAUUUCACAGUCAUCCGAUUUAAUGUCCCCUGACCGGAUUGUCCGUCCGGCAGACGGUGGGUUGAAAUGUUAUUUGGAGCGUUGAUAAAAGGUGAGGCGCCUCCGAGAUGACAGCGAGUCGUAAGGCUCAGCAUGCUGACAUUCAUUUUCACCACAACAGAAAUGGAAUAAGACGUCACAGUGACAAGCUGUCAGUCAAGCCGGGGCCCCAUCAUAUUACCAUCCCCUCCUCCCCCUUACUCACCCUCGCCACAUGCAACCACCCCCCCUCCACCCCACCUCCCGAUCCAAUCCCUGCUGGUGUGUAGGAGUUUGAUGGGGGGGGGGGGGUGGAUGGGGGGUGGAUCCUCUUCAGUAAUGGGGCUAGGCUGAACCCAGAGAGAGAGAGAGAGAGAGAGAGACUCGUCAGCUUGGUAGCAGGGAGGAUGGAGGGUGGGAAAAUAUAUUCUACAGCCUUUCAUUAAAAAAAUAAAGAGGCCUCAUCUCCUGAGCUUUUCAAUCUAUCUGCCUGUCUAUUGAGAGGGCCUGAAAAGGCAGCCACGCAAAUCAGAAAUUCCUCUGCUAUGGAAAUGUUCCAGCUUCACAAAUCAGCCAUGUUUUUUUUUUCUUUCUCUCUCUCUCUUAGGCCAUCCCCAAUAAUCACAAAUAACAAGCUGUCGUAUCUUCAGAGAAAUCAUGUAUUAAACUUAUGUGGAAAGGUUUUCUUUCCCCCUCUCCUUCCUCUCCUCUCAUCUUCUUUCUAAGGCUUUUCGACAAUAAUAUCGCUGGAAACAGGCAGAGGCUGAUAGAGUUUAUAAUAAAUUAAGUCUGUAGCCUGGCCCUGACUCGGAAAUUUAAAUUAUAAUUACUCCUCUGGGUAUGUAAGGGGUUAUUGCCAGAGAGAGAAAUAAAUUGAAGUGAAGUGCGUUUUCACUGCUUUUAAGGCACACCAGCACGGCUCUCAGUACGGCCUCAGCGCACAUCUUUGUAUGUAUGUGUGUGUGUGUGUGUGUGUGUGUGUGUGUGUGUGUGUGUGUGUGUUUGUGUUUGUGUGAAUGCAUAUGCCCUGACACACACACAUUGACCUCCUCAGCUCUUUUCUUUAUCUGUGCUGCCUGCCUAUCUGACCUGUGUGAAGGGACAAUGAUGCUGGUGCUAACAUGGAGAUAUGUGUUUUCAUUGAGUGCUGGAAAGGUCACAGAGAGAGUGGAGGUGUGUGUGUCUGUGUGUGCGUGUGUAUAUACCAGUAUGACCAGUAAAUAAGUGAUGGUGCCCAGUGACUAUCACAUCACUGCCUGAAUCCCAGUCAUGCCUCAGUGGGCGUGUCUGAGCUCUGCAAUAUAUCUAUUAUCAUUAAAUGAUGUAUUUCUCUCUCUCUCUCUCUCUCUCUCUCUCUCUCUCUCUCUCUCUCUCUCUCUCUCUCUCUCUCUCUCUCUCUCUCUCUCUCUCUCUCUCGCUCUUGCUCUGUUCACACAAAACAGAGAAGUUAAUGGCAUUAUUCUAACACGUAGUGCCUGUGUUUUAAAAUAAAAAAGAGACAGAUAGAGAGUGGAAAAAACGUAGACUGGCUUGACAAUAAAAGGACAUUUUGCCCAUUCGACUCCACUUGAUGUGACCAUUUGAAUGUCAGUGGUAAAUUGCUGAACUCAAAAAGGGUUACCCUAGGCUUAAUGUUCUCAAUGUACUCUUCACCCCUGACCUCUGACCUCUAUCCUGCAGAGUGUUCUGAGGUCGUUCCACAACCUGAAAGACGUGGGUAUGGUCCAGGUGAAGGUCAUCAGAGCAGAGGGGCUGAUGGCAGCAGACGUCACGGGUAAGUCAAUAAGUAAAACUCCGCUAUCAAGAGUGAAGCAUUUUAUUAAAUCUGUCACUUAAAAACACACCCGCUUGUCUGUUAGUUUCCACAAAAUUGAAUCUUCCCAUGCCAAAUGUAUAAAACAUCAAUCCAUCAAUGUAGUUUAAUUGACAAUGGCAACAAGAACCCUUUGAGACAGUACAUUUUAUUUGUCACGCGCCGAAUACAACCUUUUAAAUAAAUAUAUUUUUCCUUUAUUUUUAAUUGUUUUCUAUCUUUCUCUAUUUUUUAUUUUAUUUAACUAGGCAAGUCAGUUAAGAACAAAUUCUUGUUUACAAUGACGGUGUCACGCCCUGGCUCUGGGGACACUGUUAUGUUGAGCCAGGGUGUGUAGAUCAAUGUGUUUUGUUUUCUAUGGGUGCUAUUUCUAUGUUGGCCAGAGUGGCUCCCAAUCAGAGGCAACGAGUGUCAGGUGUUGCUGGUCGUCUCUGAUUGGGAGCCAUAUUUAAACAGUCUGUUUUUCAUUCGUGUUUGUGGGAUUUUGUUUCUAGUCGGUUGUGUUAGACCGUGAACUGUCACGUUAUCGUUUUGUUGUUUUUUUGAUCGUGUCUCUAAUAAAGAGUAUGUUUGCCUGCAACGCUGCGCCUUGGUCCUCAUCUAUUCCUGACGAUCGUGACAGACGGCCUACACCGGCCAAACCCGGACGACGCUGGGCCAAUUGUGCGCCGCCCUAUGGGACUCCCAAUCACGGCCAGUUGUGAUACAGCCUGGAAUUGAACCAGGGGGUCUGUAAUGACGCCUCAAGCACUGAGAUGCAGUGCCUUAGACCGAUGCGCCACUCAGGAGCCCACCUUACAGUGAAAUACUUACUUACAAGCCCUUAACCAACAAUGCAGUUUUAAGAAAAAUAAGUGUUAAGUAAAAAAUAGAUAAUAAAAAAUAAAGACCAGCAGUAAAAUAACAGUAGCGAGGCUAUAUAGAGGGGGUACCGGUACAGAGUCAAUGUGCAGGGGUUAGGGGAGAAGCUUAAUUUAAACCACCAAGUCUCCAAAAUAUUUAUCUGACAUCCUAGUUUCUCCAUUAAUUCAUACUUUUAAUGAGGUCUACAGUGGACAGGCCCACUUUACUAUUUCACAGUGUGUGUUAUCUAGUGAAAGUGAAGUGGGAGUGAGUUAGCUUGGCCUUAUUCAGGGGAGAGGACCCACACACAUUAGCGGCUAGAGCCGCGCUCCUCCAUUUCCUUGUUGGAGAUAGCAAAGCGACAGUAACAAGGGCUAAUGGCUCUGCCUGUGUUGUUUUACCAGAGAAACAAAUGGAAAUCCCUCCGCUAUGUGCUGCUGACCUCAAUACAGAACUCAUAUCUCAGUCUGGGUUUUACUGUAGCUAUUCUACAGUAAAGUAUUCAGCCACUUUCAGAACCAGAACUUCUGCAGAAAUUCUUCUGUAAUGAUGGACAAAUAUGACUACGAUAGGGAAGUGCAUAGGCCAACAGAAGUGCAAUGCCUCAAAUGUCCUUUGAGUGAAGUUGUGUGUCCGCUUUUCAUGCAUUGGACUCCGGUGGUGUUGUCAGUGUGAGUACUUGUAGAGAGCUACGCACUGUCAAGUAUCACCAUUUUGAGGCUCUCGCUCUCUCUCUCUCUCUCUCUCUCUCUCUCUCUCUCUCUCUCUCUCUCUCUCUCUCUCUCUCUCUCUCUCGCUGUUAGGUUGUCCUCUCCACCCUCAAUUUCACGAUAUCACCCCUAACCAGAUGGUACAUACCCUCCACUAAUCCCGCCCUCACAGAUUGAUCAGCCCAUCGACCACCCCAUCUCUCAGAUGGUUUGCUCCAUCCUCCAGCCCCACCCCCUCAGAUGGUCGGGUCCACCACGCUGACCUGCUAACCUUGCCAGGCUUUUCCAGUGUGUGUUUGUUUGUGUGUGUGCGUGUGGUGUUCCCAAGGGAAUGAGAGAGGGAAAGAGAGAGAGAGAGAGAGCCCAUGAGAGAGAGACCAUGAGAGAGAGAGAAACCAUGAGAGAGAGAGAGAGAGAGAGAGAGAGAGUGACCAUGAGAGAGAGAGAGAAACCAUGAAAGAGAGAGAAACCAUCUGUUUGGCAGUUUGUCCCAUCGCUACUCUACUUGUGGCAUUUACAUGAAGUAUCUCUACUCCAGCCCAGUAUAAUAACUGAAAAUAGUCUCUAAAACCAACAAUCCCAUUUGAUGAGGUGCUCUUACCCGUGUGAGUACCUCCCGUACUGUUCCAGCCUUUCAAAGACACACAGGAUCUUCCCAGUGAAGGGGGCAUGCAGAUCAAUUUACUGCAUCAAUAUAAGAGGAAGUUUGUUUAUUCUUGGAGGACCAAUCUUUGUAAUGGAAUUUGGGAUACAGUAAAAAGUGCUUUGAGCUGAGGCUUCAAUAUUACUAUGUAACAGAUUGGUAAUAACAUGUAUCAACACUUUGCAAGGGUGCAAGCAUGCACUUGACUGACAGUGUAAUACUGAGGAUAGUCUUAGUGAUGUAGUGAUGACAGUAAGGGAUGUAUUGAGACUCUCAAACACUGCAGUAUAAAGCAUGCUGCUUUCAACAUCUCUAAAAAGGAACUCAGACUUGCCUCCUGGAAGACAACGACAUCACCUCAGUUCCACCGCUUUGCUUAGCUCAGUUUAACACGCUUAUCUAACUGCUGCCUGAAAUUAGUUUGAAGCUCUCGCCGUGAACCCAGCCACGAUAUGGAAAAUGAACCCGGGGAGGAGCUCUGGCUGGCCGUUUACCUGGACUGUCAAAGUAGCCCUCAAACCUGAGCGUGUAAUUGGCUGAGACAGCCGCCUCUGGUGCUCUCCAUUAAGGUGAAAGUUCAUCACCAGCGACAACCACUCACCACCGCAGCCACAUUGCCUGCAUAUUAUUAAAGGAGAACACCGUUAGAGGGGGAUUAUUUUGUUUUCUUCAAAACAUUUAAAUCAAUUUCAGUCAAUUGUAGCUCAUUCGAGAGUUGUGUCUUUCAUAUUCUAGUGACCAUACAAAUAUCAUGAAAAACUGGGUGUUGAUGCAGUAAUUUAGGAAGAUGUAGUAUAUUGUUCCGAAUUUAGGAAAGGAACAUAAAACAGGAGCACUUUUUUUUGCAUCAUCAUACUCAAAACCCUAGUUUCUGAAUUGUAAAUACAAAUUUUUUCUUUCUAUAUUUUAUAUAAUUUAGUAUUUCUUAUGAUUUGUUAUCAUGCCUAUAUGGAAAUUCACAAUAUUUUAUAGCAUCAUCAGUUUUCACCAACUACUCGAUUAGUACAUUUUUUAUUGAUUAUAUUAAAUGAACAAAUGAUAAAGCAUGUUCUGUUGUAAAAGUGAACCCACUCUUCUAACUGAUAGUGAAUUAUUCUGUAUAUAAUGAUGUUGCAUUGUAGGAGUGAGUGUCAAUAUCAACUUGAAGCGUACCGGCAGAUCAAUACGUGCCACAAAUAGAUGUGAAAGGUAACACCUACGGCUCCACAUUGAUCACUGUGACAUUUGUUUAGCUCUCCCACUAAAUGUCCUGCCCUUGUCACAACAUUAGAAGAAACUCACCGGAAUCAAUGGAGCCGUUACCCAACGCGCUGCCUCAACGGGGAAUUGACGCAUGAACCUAAAUUCAGCCUCGCCUUCAACCACAUUUGUUCUGUUCUUAACUUAAUUAUUAAAAGCAACCACACACUCUUGAAGUCAUUUUAUUUCACAUUACGCUCUUGGGGAAUUUGAAUGGGAUAUGUUUCUCUCUCCCUGACCUAGCUUUUAAGAGUGAUCUGCUUGAACAAACAGCAAAAGUGUUCCCAACAGUUCUGAUAAAAGUAAAGAUGAAAGCUGGAAUUAAGAGUUUCUUUUUUUUUGGGGGGGGGGGGGGGGGGGGGGGGGCAGUUAUUUAAAUUUACAAAGAAACAGUAACAUGUAUUUCCAUACACAAACACAGAAUAUAUAGGACAUUAGUUGGGGGUAGUACAAUAUGCGACUCUCUGGAGAAGUGUCCAACCAUAAUGAUUAUGUCUCUAUUUCAUGGCUUUCAAAUUGUGUGUUUUUCUUUUAACUGUAAAACUUUCUGGAAUGUUUCCUUUGAAAGUGGAGAAUUACAUAAGACAAAUAUUCUGCCAAAUAUUACUUUUGUUAACACUGCUGAUUACAUAUUUACUGUACAGCUAUCAUCUCCAUGGUGUCUUGCAUCAUGCUACUCAUUGAAUGGCAAAUUAUGUCAGCCUGUUAAUUGCGUGAGCCUGUCUUUCUUAAACAUGCUGCCAUCACAUGACUUGGCUUAGUAUACAACAUAAUGUAUGUCCAAAAUAUCAGAACCAGUAAUGCAGUGCCUUGCAAAAGUAUUCAUCCCCCUUGGCAUUUUUCCUAAUUUGUUGCAUUACAACCUGUAAUUUAUAUUGAUUUUUAUGUGGAUUUCAUAUAAUGGACAUACACAAAAUAGUCAAAAUUGGUGAAGUGAAAUUAAAAAAAUAACUUGUUUCAAAAAAUUUGAAAAAAUAAAUAACAGAAAAGUGGUGUGUGCAUAUGUAUUCACACCUUUUGCUAUGAAGCCCCUAAAUAAGAUCUGGUGCAACCAAUUACCUUCAGAAGUCACAUAAUUUGUUAAAGAAAGUCAACCUGUGUGCAAUCUAAGUGUCACAUGAUCUGUCACAUGAUGUCAGUAUAUAUGCACCUGUUCUGAAAGGCCACAGAGUCUGCAACACCACUAAGCAAGGGGCACCACCAAGCAAGCGACACCAUGAAGACCAAGGAGCUCUCCAAACAGGUCAGGGACAAAGUUGUGGAGAAGUACAGAUCAGAGUUGGGUUAUAAAAAAAUAUUCGAAACCUUGAACAUCCCACGGAGCACCAUUAAAUUCAUUAUUUUAAAAAUGGAAAGAAUAUGGCACCACAACAAACCUGCCAAGAGAGGGCUGCCCACCAAAACUCACGGACCAGGCAAGGAGGGCAUUAAUCAGAGAAGCAACAAAGAGACCAAAGAUAACCCUGAAGGAGCUGCAAAGCUCCACAGCGGAGAUUGGAGUAUCUGUCCAUAGGACCACUUUAAGCCAUACACUCCACAGAGCUGGGAUUACGGAAGAGUGGCCAGAAAAAAAUGCAGUCUUCCAGAGAUUUGAGACUGGGACGGAGGUUCACCUUCCAGCAGGACAAUGACCCUAAGCAUACUGCUAAAGCAACACUUGAGUGGUUUAAGGGGAAACAUUUAAAUGUCUUGGAAUGCCCUAGUCAAAUCCCAGACCUCAUUCCAAUUGAGAAUCUGUGGUAUGACUUAAAGAUUGCUGUACACCAGCGGAACCCAUCCAACUUGAAGGAGCUGGAGCAGUUUUGCCUUGAAGAAUGGGCAAAAAUCCCAGUGGCUAGAUGUGCCAAGCUUAUAGAAACAUACCCCAAGAGACUUGCUGCAAAAGGUGGCUCUACAAAGUAUUGACUUUGGAGGGGUGAAUAGUUAUGCACACUCAAGUUUCUUGUUUGUUUACAAUAAAACAUAUUUUGCAUCUUCAAAGUGGCAGGCAAAUGAUACAAACCCCCCCAAAAUCCAUUUUAAUUUCAGGUUGUAAGGCAACAAAAUAGGAAAAAUGCCAAGGGGGUGAAUACUUUCGCAAGCCACUGUAUAAGGGAUAACACAUUGUGUAGAUAAUGUGUAGAUAACGUCAAUCUUGCUGUGAUAGUGAAAUGACAUCAGUGUGUUCCUCUGGCGCUGCCUCACAGUAUCUCCACUUGUUUGGAAUAACUUCCACCGGAGUUCACCCACUUCACCUCCAGUCACCAAGUCUGUCUUACUAAACUCCCUAGCUCCUCUCCCCCCUCCCUCCCUGCCUCCCUCUUCUCAGUCCCAUCCCUGUCAGACAAGAUGUCUACUCUCUCUCUCUCUCUCUCUCUCUCUCUCUCUCUCUCUCUCUCUCUCUCUCUCUCUCUCUCUCUCUCUCUCUCUCUCUCGCUCUCUCGCUCUCUCGCUCUCUCUCUCUCUCUCUCGUGCCCCGGGCAGAGAUUCCAUAGUGCUUAUCAGGUGGUGUCCGAGCGCUAGGAUCCUUGUAGCAGGGCCAGUGAUAUAGUGUAGCAUGGUGUAAAAUUAAUGUAUCACAUCAUUACUGUAGGUGAUAAAUGGUGGGUGGAGCUGUCAUGCGGUGAGGAGGAGCAGGAGGGCUAUGUGGGAGGUAAUUCUCUGAUCAGCUCCUGGCUGUUUAUCUGCACCUCUUUAUCAGUUAGAAAGCUAGCGCUACUGCUAACCACCAUCGCUGCUUCCCCCGUAGGCUCCGUAGGCCAGCCGACACUGGAUUAGACAGGAAUAAACCAGACAUAGAUAAAGUUAAUAAGGCUCCUCUUUUUAUCGACAUGUCUCUCGCUGUCUCUCCCGCUCUUGCUCCCUCUCUCUCUUUCUCUCUCCCUCUCUUUCUGUCUCCCCCUCGCAGGCAAGAGUGACCCCUUCUGUGUGGUGGAGUUGAGUAAUGACCGGCUACAGACACACACCGUCUACAAGAACCUCAACCCCGAGUGGAACAAGGUCUUCACCUUGUGAGUGCACUUCUGUACCCCAUGUUGCCACAGACAUACCCACUCAUGAUCUCAUACUGGGUGGUCUCUCUCUCUAUCUCUCUCUCUUUUAUCGCUCUCUGGCACAUGACGGUACUUGAUAUACACACACAUAAAUCUAAAUAUACUGUUGUGUCAAUUGUGUUGCACCUGUACCAAAUAAAAUAAGAACAAAAAAUUUAUUAUUUUAAGAAGUAUUACAAUACGUUAUUAAUACAUUGACGGAUAACCAUAUGCCUCAAUUGUAUUGUUAUCAUAACUUGAAUACAAGCGAUGAUUGUAACAAAACAAUUAUAGCUAUUACAUUUACAAAAUAGAAAUAAAACAGCCUCAUUUUAAAAACAGUUUCACAUUCCCUGCUAUCCCUGUUUCCAGUUGGGUCAUGUAUUUACAUUUGCCAAAGGAUUUUGUAAAAAUGUAAAUGUUAUUUUGGAAUGCACAUGAUAAUACACAUUUUCAAUUAUGAAUUCUCAUAUUUCUGUAAAUAUCUCGAUUAUCAUUGUGUGGAAAAGCACAUUUUCUAAAACAUCUUGAUUGAAUAAUACAAUCAAACACUGUCAUUUCUAAUGUAUUUUAUUCAACUAGCCAAACAUUGCACAGCGUAUGCACUUAGCCUUCUGUAAAUAUAGAAAAUAUAUUUAUAUGGGAGAAAAAAAGUUUUGUAUUUUCUUUUUUUUUGAGGGGUGGGGGGGGGGGGGGGGGGGGUAACAGGUACAAAAACAAUUAAAGAGUCACAUCGAAAGAUAACCCCAACCCAUUCUCCCCCUCAGUCUCCAUCCACCCCCUCACAUCCUCCCUCCCCAAAUCUAUUUAUUUGACAGUAUUAUUGAGUAUUCAUACAUUCAUACAUCUAUACAUCUCAUAGAAAACAUAGCUAAUGCUAGUCAAUCAUGGAGAUUUAAAUUCUGAGGUCUACGUUUCAUUCCCUGGUAAAUCUUUCCGCCUAUGAAUGUAUUUUUUGAUUGAUAUGCAAUAGUUUUCAUUGGAUUCUAUACAUGACUAUGUACAUAUGUUUAUAUGUUUAUAUCUCAUAUCUAUAUCUAUUUAUUCCAAUCUUCUUUAUGGGGAAAUACACAAGUGAAUUCCCAUGGAAAGCUGGGUCAUUGAGUCGUCCUUUGAGCAAUGCCGCACCUAUCUCUCCCUUUAAGAGUAACCUCCUUUCUUUCCAUCAGCAUCCUCACUAGCCUACUUUUCAAAGAUAACGUUUCAUAACCACGAUUCUCUUCCUCCUACAACUCUCGCACUCUUUAGUUGAGUGCAAAGGUCAUAGAGGACUGUAGUUUCAUCAUGCUACGAAUGGUGUGGGAGAUGUCUGAUUGUAGUGGUUUAAUUGUUGUUCUGUGGCGAGCAGUAACGUGAAGGACAUCCACUCAGUGUUGGAGGUGACGGUGUACGACGAGGACCGAGACAGGAGUGCAGACUUCUUGGGGAAAGUGGCCAUCCCUUUACUAAACGUGAGUCCUCCUGAUGAAAUGUCUCUGCUAUCUAUCGACUCCCCUUGGGGAAAUACUGUUGAAAAAAACACAAUAAAUUUUUUGCAACUGUGGAUGAGACUGUUAUCAUUGAGAGAGAGAGAUAGAGAGAGAGAACGUGGUAAUGUACCCUGGCGGGCUGAUUCCCCAGGAUAGUUAAUUUCUCCCUGACAGUGCUGUGGUGGUAAUGAACAGGUACUUGUCAGAGUUGCCACAGUUGUUUUGGGCUCUCUGUCAGAUGCAGCAGCUGGGGUUCAAAGGUGGCCCAGGGAGUGUAUUCAGCCGGGUAUUGCCAGACAGACGGCUGUCAUGUCCCUCUCCCACAGAUUCAAAAUGGUGAACGGAAAGCCUACGCCUUGAAAAGCAAGGAGCUGACAGGGCCAACAAAAGGGGUCAUCUUUCUCGAAAUAGACGUGAUUUUUAACGCUGUAAGUCUCUCUCUUUUCCUCCUCCCCUGUUUCCCUAGUUUGUCCCCACCCCCCCACCCUCCGCACUCCAGCACCAUUGUCUUUAUUCUGUUUGUCCUCCCUCCCCUGCCAUCUCUUGUCCCCCGUCCUCGUUUUCAGUUUAAUUAUCGAAAACUCCCACUCAGCCGCCUUUGUUCACCCAUUCGUUGUCACUGUGUGUGUCCUGCUGGCGGCCAUCUUAGUGCUGUGUGUGAGGGAGAGAGAUCUUACUGUAGUCUGUGACGUGUGCCAUUACUCUCAACAACAUAUCUGCAUGUAUUCAAGAUGGUGAAUUCAGUUAGAGAUCUAUCUACGCCAUAUUGUGAACGAUCCCAAUAGAAAUACUGGUAGGCAUAUUGUGUUAUUGCGAUAAUAUCCCACCAUAGGCUGUGUGUUAUAAUGUGUCUAUUAUUCCCACACCAGGUGAAGGCAGGUCUCAUGACGUUGAUACCCAAAGAGCAGAAAUACAUUGAGGAUGAGCCCAGAGUGUCCAAACAG